AUCUUUCCCCACGCCCAUCCCCGUCUCCCGCCGCUAUCCCUUGGCGGGUGAGGGAGAAACUCCGCUUUCCGACCCAGCAAGCCCCACCCCACACUCGGUGCCCUUCUCGUCGUCGUCCCCCUUCUUCACACUUUCCCCCCUUUGCCCACCAGCCUUCGCUCCCCGCCCCCGCCGCGCCUUUCCCGCCUUCCUUCCGCCCCUCACACGGGCUGGGCUGCUUCGCGCAAAGACGGAGCAGCUCCCGGCCGAGCUGCUGCGCCGGGGCAAACUUGGCCAAGCCGCUCCAGCGGGAUUUGCUCCCGGCAGCGGGAGGAAAAGGAAAGGGAAGCGCGCCUGAGGCAUCGAGAGAGCGCGUCCGCUCUGCUUGAGGCGGACGGAGGAGGCACAGCCUUGCGCCGGCAGUCGAGUAGAAGCAGCCGCGGAACCCCCGUGGCCCGACGUGGCUUCGCCUGCUGCCGCAGCCCCUUCGCUGGAAAUGAAGAGAGUGUGCACGCUCUCCCUCUGGCUCUGGAUCGGCAUCGUCUCGGAAGCAGGUGAGUGAGCGCAGGCGCGCCUUCGACGGAGCGUACGCCGGCGGCGCCGCGCAAGCCGAGGAGCUGCUGUGGGCUGGCAAGGGAUGGGACGGGGCGGGUGGCGGCGGGCAUCGCCUGGCUGCAGGAUGAACCGGGGUGGGAAGCUCCAGCCCAGCAACUCCGCGCUCCCUCCGCCCGCCUGCGUGCGCCGAGUUGCGCCAGCGGCUCCCGACCGCCUGGCACCGGCGGGGACGGGCAUCCCUUGGCUCCUCUCACCCUUCUGCUGCUCUUUGCAUGCUCUCCGUGGCCUCGGUCCCCAACCUUGCCUUUUGCCUCCCUUUCUAGAUAAUAUUUGGCACUUUUCAGCUCUCCCCGCUUUUAUCGCUUCUUGGGAUUCUGAGUCCCCAGCUGUGCGCUCUGCCUCUGUCCCUUCAUUCCCUUUCACAUCCCCUUCCCUCUUUUGUUCAACUCCGCCGCUCUCCGGGCAAAGCAUCUGCCAACUUAGUAGUACUGUGCCCGCUUCCUUCGACUACUUGUUCAUCUUUUUCGACUUCAGCUGGAUGACGGAACGCCAUUCAACCACCAGAGGGCACUCUUGGGUGACUAAUCUUUUCCUCCAGCUGCACGCAAAGUUCGGGCAGGAAAGGGGACUUUAGACAUCCCUUUGGUUUAACCCCGCAACAGGGAUCAAACCUGCGCUGGUUCCUCAGGAAGUGCCUUCUGGUGUGAUCCUGUACAGUUUAUCCUGCCUUUGUGUUGGUUUUUUUCUUUCUUUUCCUUUUUAAUGCAUUGCCUGUUGUUUGUGUGCUAUGAUAUAUAGUCUGUGUGCAGACACAUAAGUUGGUUCAAGUUACUGCAUUUAUUACCAAAACACAUUGACUGGCCCAACACUAGGGCUGCAGUCCCAAAGUGAACAAAGUGGGACCAUAGGAGCCAACUCCUAGGGACUGAGGUCCCUUCACCCUCCCCCAAUAAAAUAUUGGAGCCCCCCUCCCCAUUGAUCGACAUCACCAUUCAAAUGGUGUGUGCACACUGCUUCUUGCUAUUGAUUAUGUGGGGUGGGGCUUACCUCCCCCCCUCCCCAAUAUUUCAUUCAAGUUAGCACCCCUGAGUGGGACUUUCCUUCUGAGUAGAUCUAUACUGGCUGAGACUGCAUGAGAUGCCUGUCCGACUUGGGAGUAGGGAGGUGGUCUGCCUGCGUGUCGGAGCUGCUAAUAAAAUAAAGCUGUAGGUAACAUUUGCUGAGAUGCAGAAAAUGUUUCCGUGGAGGAGGACUAUGACACAUGAUUUGCUAGCGUUCAGGUGGGAGGCUAUAAGGAACCAGAGAGACCACAGCAAAAGUCAUAGUGCAGGAAGCUUUGCAUGCGGCAAGAUCAAUUUUUGCAGCAUAAGACCAUUUUCUAUAAUCACAGCUCCAUGAUUCAUCACUGUUGUGGUGUAUUGUUUAUUCCACACAAAAAAGUGAUUUAAAAGCAGGGUCUUAAGCAUCUGAGAGGUAUAGAAUGCAGCACCAUGCUCAUUGCAAGUCCAGACAGCUGCUGCUCAGCAAAGGUGCUUUUAAGGCAUAGUGCUUUGCAGCUGGAAUUGGACAUUGUGAUGAAUUAUUUGUGGGUGGUGUUACCUUUCUCCUACUAACCUAAUGGGUCUGAACAAGGCUAAUACACACUGAGUUGCUGCCUCUGGGGUGGAGUGCACACAAGCAGCGCACAUGCUUGGUUUUUCAUGUCCUGAUACAAAGAGAACUGAGUUGAUAUAAUGCUCCCUUCAUAAGGAUCAGAGUUUCUGUGAGGCAGGAGGGCAGUGUGGAUUGAGAACACUACCUUUCCUAAAGGAAUAGCUAGAAAGGAAUGAAGAAUAAACAGGUGUGAGAUAAAUCUGGCAUAGGGGCUUGAAUGUGUUCAGAAAACCGAUGGUGGUGAUGUUCAAACCCAGGUUCAGCCAUGAAGCUCACCUGGUGACUUUGGAGUACAUUAGUUUCAAUGGCACACAAUUUUUUAUAGUAGCUUUAACACUCUUUAUCUGUCUCUUAUGCUAUAAUGAAUGUCUUAUGAUCAGGUGCCACUAUUGGCAUACUUAGCUUUGAUCUGUAAAUAUUUCCUUUUACAUCCAGACAGUAUUGCACCAUAGUUCAGGGGUGGGGUAGGUGAUUUUAGCCGGUCACUUUGUCAGCCUGUCCUAUCUCACUGGGUUAUCGAGAGGAUAAAGCAGGAGAGAUGAGGAGAUCCAUACAUAUUCCCUGGAAGAAUUGUGUGUGGCGGGGUAAUCAUCACACAUAAUGUUAAGAAAUGUUAAGUCUUGUGGUUUGGGUGAGCAGGUUUACAGACUCCUGUAUUUGGGCUCUUUAUAAUAGGGAUGUCUAAACUGUGGCCUUUCAGAUGUUUUUGGACUACAGAUCUCAUCAGCCCCUGGCAGUAGUGGGGGGGGGAAUCACAGGGGUGGUUGCCCCGGGUGCAAAAUUCUUAGGGGUGCAACAUUUCAACACCCGGUACUGCCUCAAUGCAGUGCAUGCUUCCAUUGCUGAGUUCUGUUGAAAAUGGCUUCUCCAUGCAAACCAGGAAGUGUCCUCUCCAGGCAGCGGAAUUAUUUCUCUUUUCUUAAUCUCUGCGGCUGUGAUCUCCUGGAUGCCAUGGUGUCAUUAGGAAUGUGCAUGCGUACUCUGUCCUUUUCCCUCCCUCCUUCCCUCCCUUGUCAGGCCCUGGGCACUGGCAACCCACGCUAUGCCAAUGCCUCAGUGGCGUAGCGUGGGUUGUCAGCACCCGGGGCAAGGCAAGUAAUUUGCGCCCCCUAACCCGUGGAUUUUAGUAGGGGCAGAGAGCUGCGAGUGCGAGCGCGCCCCCCAGAUGUUGCGCCCGGUGCGGCCGGCCCCCCCUGCACCCCCCACGCUACGCCACUGCAACGCCUACCAGCAUGGGACAAGGCCCAUUCUUUGUUGCCUCCUUAUUUUGUAUGAUAAGUUGUAAAUAAACAUGCACAGUCGGUUCUCCUCAGGCCCAUCCAGCCACUUGGUUAAGGGUGCACCAAUUUCUUUGGCCUGCAGUACAUAGCUGGACUGCAGAUCAUACUGACUCGCCUGGCUCCAUGGAUCAAGUCUCCAUUUACAGUGAGAGUGCUAAAAGCAUCCUUUUGGCACGAGGCCAAGUAAAACUCAAACCUACCGCUUCCAGGAAUGUAGCUGAGGGAGGCAGACAAAUCCUUGCAGCAGACGUAGUGGAGCAUGCUGACAUGAUUGCAGAGGGCAUAUGGAAUAUAUUAUUGCCGCACUUUUCCCCGAUAGAUCCCCAAUUGCCGCAGCACCUGCUGCAAGGACGACGCUUGACACAAUGUGUUAAACAGAUACCCCCUGUUCCUUGUAGCCUGGGACUUGGUGCUAGGCAUUCCGAUGGAUUGCAGCACGAUCAUAAUUUCUCCUCUGUGGGCAUAGAAAUACUUCUGCAGCUGCUCUGAUAUCCAGUGACUGUUUAAAUUAAUCCCAGGAUUUUUAUUGCCUCUGGCUAUCUUAAAGCUUUGUUUCUUAUUUCAAGCUGCUAAUGAGGUGGGUUGUGUUAGUCCCGUUGGUGGAUUUCUCCUAAGGUCAAAACUGUAAUGGUGCUUAAUGAAUUGCAGUGGUAUCAUUGCUCCUCCAAAGUGCCUCGUCAUUAAAAGGACACAGCCAGGCUCAGUGCCUAGGCUGGUUUUGUGUUCUAAGCCUGGCUCUAUUGAGCGGCAGAGGAAGCCUCUCGGGCACCUGGGGCGGUGCGCCCAUAGGGGCGGGGCGAACCACCCAUAGGGACGGCACGGGGCAUGUGGAACCCAUAGGGACGGGGUGCACAGCGCCCAUAGGGAGGAACAGGGCGCAUGGCACCCAUGGGGGGGACAGGGCGGAGAGCACAGUGCCCUUAGGGAGGGAUGGGAUGGGGCGCGCAGCACCCACAGGGACGGGAUAGGGCAUGAGGUGCCCUUAGGGAGGAACAGGACAGGGUGCGGGGCGCCCAUAGGGAUGGGAUGCACCACGAGGGCCUGGGCCUCAGCCACCCUAUAGCUGGGGGGGAGGCAGUGGGCGGACAUCGUGGAGCCUGUGAGUGCCCAAAACACGCUGCAGGCCUUGUAGUGAGUGCUCCCCGCCAUUUUGUCACCCCCCUCAGUGGGGACACCUGGGGUAGACCGUACCUACCGCACCCCCUUGCUACACCCCUGGUUCUACCCCCUCACAAAAAUAAGUCUACAUAUACUCACAUGCUUUGCAUCCAGAAGGUCCCCCCACACUUUGCCAGUAGGGUUGUUAAAAGUCAGAAAAGUCAGAAACUCUGGAGAGCCAUUAUUAGUCAGUGUAGACAAUACAGUGUAGGCUGUAAUGGUCUGACUCGGUAUAAGGCAGGUUCCUAUGCUCCUAUUGUGAGUGCAGACAGCUUACAAAGGGAGAUUUCCAGUCCACCGUCCCACCUUAUAAUUCCUCAGUCCUUUUAGUUUUCUUCUUCUUCUUGCAAUAGCCUUCUUGUGUUACACUUGACUAAGACAUUCAAAGCCAGCUCAGCACAGUUGUGGCUACUUGGCAGUCAGGCCAAACCAAGAGAUGAUGGAAAAUCCAAAACAAGCUAGCAAGUGUCCAAAUGGAAUUCCAGUUAUUGUGCUACAGUCCAUUGAUGCCCUUCAUAAAAAAGAGAGAAAGAUAAUAUUGCUGCAAAAUCAGAAGGAUAUCAUGAAUCACCAGCCACUGGAGAGACAAGAAAGAAUGCAAAGUUGUGUAAUGCAAAAAGGGCAGAACCUGGCGAACUAACUUAUUGAAUCUGCCCCCCUCACAUUCUGCAACUGCAGUCAUUCACUUGCCCUUCUGACUAUUUCCAGUAUUUUAAACAGUAUUGUUUUUCCACAGUUACUCCUCCUAUAUAAAUAAUGCCUCUUUACUUCUCUCCAUCUGUGUUAUGAAUUUACAGGAAAGAUUUAUCCCCAUUUCCUCCCUAAAAAACCCAAGUUAUCUGAUCAGACAGGAAAAAAUAAUAACCCAAUAUGUUAUUCACAGAAAAGAGAGUGGACCUUCUGGAAUUUAUCUUUAGACAUUAGGAAGUUUCUAAAGGAUACAGGGAUUACCUUUUCAUAGUAGUAAACCUAGAGUUCGCCAGAUGUCAGUUUAUUCCGUUAAUGGCUUCAUAAUAAGAAAUAACCUGUUCAGCAUACUGGAAGUGUGUGAGUAUAGUUGUUACAUAGACAAGCAACUGUAAACCUGUCUAUAAGGAGAUAAAAUAAUCACUGAAUGCUUUCAAGACAUGCAUAUGCUUAACUUCCUGGCAUGAACUUAAUAGAGGUACAUAGUCAACUGUUUGCUGUUACAAAUGGGUUAAAUUUAUACACUGCUGAGAUAGGCAUGCACUGAACUGAAGUUGGGUGAUACAUUAUAGAGAUCAAACUGUGCCAAUAUUAUGCUCUCUGAACUUUAUGUAAAACUGAGUCAGGUAUCUGCAGGUCCCUGGCUUUUAACAGGUAGCCUGCAAAGAGUUAAGUGAAGAUGCUUAGCUAUGAUGCCAGGCAUGAUGUCCAAGCCUUUGCUGGCGGAGGUCAGCAGUGGUUCAUGGGAAAGGAAAAAUUGGCAGCUGGGCCGGAUGUCCUGCAUUUCCCCUCUUCCUGCAGCCGCCUGAACUGCGGUCCUUAUUUAGCUUUCCUGAUGGGCAGGAGGAAUCCGAUGGCGGAAACUGUCAUAGCCUGAUAACAGUUCAGGGACCCCUUUAUGAUGGGUGUCUAGGUAGGCAAUGGGUCAGUUUUCAUUUUGGUGAGGAUGGGGGAGGAGAACAGCAUGCCCGGCCAACUCAGGCAUGAUUGACACUGGCCAUUUAAUAUACAUUUUCCAGGGGGAGAAAGUAUCUGCACUUCAGUGUGUUGAUCUGCUCACUUGUACACAAAUCACGCUGCAUUUCUAGUCUGAAAAUAACCCAACAAUGAAAUGAUGACGUCUUUCAAGGAGGUGUUUUUUCCCCCUUUCUGUGGGCGGUUGAGCCAGCUGACUCAGGGAGGAGUUCAUGGGGAGAGGGGAAAGGGGGAUCCUGGAGUAGAGCCUUCUGGCUGGAGUCCAGGCCCGGGCAGAGUUUUCCACUGACUUAUGGUGACAAUGUGUCAGCAAGGCCAGCAAUAACAAUGGCAUGGUACAUGGUGACGCAGGGCUUGUCAGAAGUGAGAGGCAGUCAAGAAGGAAUCUGUGUACAAGCAGCAUGAACAAAACAUUCGGACGUGUAUUUUCACCAUACAUGGUGCUUUGAUAUGAUCUGUGUACUAGAGUCUACGUUUACAGUUACAUACAAAACAAACCCGUAUUAGAACUGCUGAAGUAAAUAUAUUUCCAAUAAAAGCAACUCCACUAUAUUUGUAUUGACUUCUGCCAUUUUUUCAUGGAGCAACAUGCUCCAUGAGAAUGGUCAUCAUAUGCACACUUAGCUAUUCCUUUACCCCAUGUAUCAAUCUCCAUUUGGAGAAUGAAACCUCAGCACAGAACAGCUUAAACUGCAGGUCAGAGCUAGGCAAGCACUGAUGAUUUGGGGGGGUAAAGGUAAAGGGACCCCUGACCAUUAGGUCCAGUCGUGACCGACUCUGGGGUUGCGGCGCUCAUCUUGCUUUAUUGGCCGAGGGAGCCGGCGUACAGCUUCCGGGUCAUGUGGCCAGCAUGACUAAGCCGCUUCUGGCAAACCAGAGCAGCGCACGGAAACGCCGUUUACCUUCCCGCCAGAGUGGUACCUAUUUAUCUACUUGCACUUUGACUUGCUUUCAAACUGCUAGGUUGGCAGGAGCAGGGACCGAAAAACGGGAGCUCACCCCGUCGUGGGGAUUCGAACCGCCGACCUUCUGAUCAGCAAGUCCUAGGCUCUGUGGUUUAACCCACAGCGCCACCCAUGUCCCGAUUUGUGGGGUAGCUAUGGUGAAAUUCAUUGUGGACAUCCUAAUGAUCACCAGUGUUUGCCCAAUUUUGACUUGAAGCUUAAGCAUUUCUGUAUCAGUGGUUUAAUUUUCCAUGUGGUGACUGAUACAUUAAAAAUAAUAAUCCAAGAAAGGCUGCUUGAAAUAAGAGAUAGGAAACAUGCUCCAAUUUCCACUUCACUGAAGAGGGCAAAGUUACUCUGGAUUUAAAACAAGACAAGAUGGGGCAUGCAAUUUUGCAAACAUAUCCAAUUAGCAUAACUCAUGUUGUUCACCAAAUGUUGGUUUUUCUGGCUGUAGAAUUGUAAACUGCACAUUAGCAGGCAAACACAGGUUCCCAGUUUGCCUAAUACUGUUAAUGCAUGGAUAGGCAGGGCAUUAGCAAGGGAGUGUUACUGGGCAAGAGUGAGUGCUUAAACAUUUUCAGCUCACCAAUGUCCCCCAUAACCCUUCUCUCCCACCAGUUUCCCACCCCUCUCUUUCUCUCCCAGCUCCCUGCUUUGCCCAGGUGGCUCCAAGGCCAUGCAAUAGCCCAUCAGUCAAGCAACAAGUCCAGGAGAAUGGUUGUAGGGAAGGGCUAAGCACUUCCAGCCUCUGAUUCUCCUCUGUAAAUACCCGCUGCUGCAUCACUGUUGACUUUGCUCGCUGAGUUAAAUUGUACAUAUACCCCGACUUUAUGUAUUAACAGUGCACAGGAUUAUUUGAGUUGCUUUAAUAAUAAUAAUAAUAAUAAUAAUAAUAAUAAUAAUUUAUUAUUUGUACCCCGCCCAUCUGGCUGGGUUUCCCCAGCCACCCUGGGCGGCUUCCACAGAAACCAAAAAUACACUAAAAUAUCACACAUUAAAAACUUCCCUGAACAGGGCUGCCUUAAGAUGUCUUCUGAAUGUCUUCUGAAUAAACCUCUAAAAGGCAACAUGGAAAUAAGUGACUGUUAUGUCCAACAAUGGCUGCGUGCACAUUACCCUGGCUCCAGUGUGCUCUCAUUCUGGAGGUACACCUGACAUUAGCCACAAUCCAUAUCUAUCAUGUAGUUCUUGAUUGUAGUGCAUUGGAUGAAUAUAUCCUUGCCAGGCAAAUGCAACUUGAAAUGCAGCAGGCGGGCAUGUCUCAUUGUGUUUUAAGUCACUAAUAUGUACAUAGCCUACGCAUUUUGGAAGAGCCUACGGCCUAUUCCAAAGAGUAACCAUAUUUGCUCCAACUUGCUGGUUGUUCUGUUUUCCUUGCAGUUUUAAAUCUUUCCUCAUUUCCACCCUAGCAGCAUCUGCAGGAAGGAAUAAGGGUGAUCAACCAGAAUAGCUGAUGGGUCUAGUCUCAAGAGAUGAAGACAGAGCAGAAAGGAACAUAGCAAUGCCCCGCAGAGUGUUCCACAGAAAGAAGGAAGGAAGUUUUUAUUACUAGGCUAAAUCCUAAAUUUCUUGUUCUGCACUCAAUGACGUCCGAGGGACUGUUGGCUGAUUGAAAUUGAGAAUGAAAAUUCCAAGAAUCACUGCAAGGGCCUGGGGUAUGUAAAACGUUUGGCAAACCAGAAGUUUUCAGAAAUUGCACAUUAGUAAGUUGAAAUUGCACUGUUUCCACAGGUAAAACUGAGAUGAUGUGGACAGCCAAGGCUCUUAUGGAAUAUAGGCCCUAAAUCUAGAGGAGGAAAUAGCUGUAUUUUAGUCCUGUUGAAAUAAGUGGGUCAAGUUUAGUCAUGGCUAAGCCUAAUAAGCCUGACUGUAUUAGGGCCAAAGUAUACAAGGAUUUAGUUGUCCUUCCUCCACAUGUCUAUAUUGCAAAUUAUAAAAUGUACAAUUCAAGUACAUAUGCAAUUUGAGAACCAAAUGUUUCAGCCUUGUAAUUUGAUUUUCUGAUCAAUCAAUCAUUUUAUUUGCAUGCCAUCUUUCCAUAGUUAAAAGUAUGCACGAAGCAGAUUACAACAUAUAAAAAAUGCAAAACUACAAACAUAAGAAUAGUAGUUAUAAACAAUAAACAAAACAUCAUAAAGUACACAACCAAACUGAACAAUUUCCACAUAAAUCAUAAGAUCCAGUAUAAAGAUAUAAAAAACUAAUAUCAACAACAGCAGCAACCCCCCUGCAACAAAAUCCGCUAAACAGUAUCCCGGCCCCGAUAAUAAAAUGAUAUUUAUUUUAUAGGUUGGAUCAUCCUUUAUAUUUUUAUUUAUACAGGCAACAACCAAUUUAUGUGGCCCGAAUGACAUGUACACACGCACAGCACCGAACCUGGAAAUACCCCAAAAUGUCAUAAAGACAUCACAAAAAGGGGUGGAAUGGGGUACGGGCAGAGCAGAGCAGGCUUAUGUGUGCUCUGCCAACACAUGGGAGGAUCUGGGAUGUAACCCCCCCCCCCAAAAAAAAACGAGGAUUGCCUGUAUACUAGGGACUGCACCACUGUUUAGGUUGCUCACCAACCCCUGGCUGACCACCUCCCCUUUUCAACCCCUCUCAUCUUACACCUGGCACUAAACCCAUCCCCAUCCCUUUACACCUAACCCGAACCUGCCUUCUCUCUGUUUAGUUUGUUAUUCUAUUUUUACUGCCAGGAAAGGGGAGACUUGCUUUUGAGAUUUUCUGCCUCAGAUACCCAAUAACUUGGUUGGCUUUGGAUACUAUGCACCUUGAUUUGAGAGUGUGUGUGUGUGUCUCCAUUUAUUGCUCCACUUUUGGGCAGCAAAAUGUCCUGAGUUGGCUCUGUUUCUGCAUAAUGUAUUAAUAUUUCAGGUAAAAUAUCCUUGAGAUAAGAAUACAAAUGAAGGAAGCAGGGUAAGACUUACCAAAAGGAGUGAGAGUAGAGACGGUACAGUAUUUGAAAGAGGUGCUUUGCCCAAAGUAUUGUCCAAAAUAUAUUUGGGAGGAAAAUGUGUGUGUGUGUGUUAAAGUUAGUACCUUUCCUUGUGCCUUCCUCAUUCUCGAAGAAUGAGCAUCCACUGCCUCAUGCUGAUAUGUAGCUUUGGCAUUCUGCUUGCUCCUGACUUUGCAGUUCAGUGGCAGAGUCAGACAAGGACUGUGCUCCCAGGGCUUGGCAUUUCCCAGUAUUUACAGCCCCCUCCCCACCCCCAGCUGGUUAGACAAAUAAAAUCUAAUGCCGACUGAAUCCCCAGCUCUCUGUCCUCAACAGCAAUAACAAGACCUGGGUGGCAUUUCAAAGAAUGUAUCCGUAGGAGAUGGCUUGAAAUUAGCUAGCAUUGGAAUAUAUUCUUUUAAUUUUGGGGGCUGGAAGAGAAAUGUAAUACUUUCUUUGUAAUAGACUGGAGACUCUGGCUUAGCUGCUGUUUAGCUAGUAUUGCUAUGAAUUGGAAAGAUUGCUUAGAGCAUUGACCUCUCACUAACCCCUUCCCCAAUCCCAAUGAAAACAUGUUUUAUUGCAAGAGCAGAUAAAAGGAAUCAUAAAUAAAUGUGGUCUUGCGCAAGCUCUAUGCUACCUGCCCAAGUGCAAAAAUAUGCGUUAGCACUGACAAGUUUGAUUAAAAAUCGGUGGCUAAAGUUCCGGCUUGCACUACAUUUACAGUUUUAUAAUGUUUUAAGAGAAGAGAGACUGUAUCACCCGCUUUAGAAUACAAACCACCAAGCUUUGAGAAAAAGAUUCAGAUCCAUCGCUGAUACAACAGAUUGCUAGAAAUGAAAGUUUCUGAAUUCCUCGGGGGUACAUGGGCCCAGGGGGAGACUAGGCCCAUUUUUAUAACACUAAACUGUGGUUUAGUGUUAUAUCCAAACCAGGUGUCCAAUUAAUUCAUCAAGACAACAGAUUAUAGAGUUUUUGGAGACCACGCUGUUGUGGAUUUCCCUAUACCUUUCUGCUACAUCUUGAAUGAAUGAGACCAGCUAGUUCAUCUGAUUUUCAACCCCUUUCAAGCACACUCAGUUAUUAAGUACAACAUCUUUGUUAGUAAUUACGUUCCUUAAUUGAGUCAUUAGCAUAUAUAAACAUUUCUCUGCUAUUGUAUUCUACUUGUGAGUACCUCUGGGGUUUGAGUUAUUGUGUAUGGAAACAAUUUUAAAUAGGAAAACAACAAUCAGUAGAAUUAGAAUAUUUUUUUAAAAAAUGGCAAUUUAUGAUGGCCUACAAACCAUUUAUAAAAAAUAUUUUCAACUUGAAGUUCUAACUAUGAAAAUAUGAUUGAUCUGAACACAAGUAGCCUGCUGAGAAAGCCAUAGCAUGGCAUUUCAAUGGACAUCUUUUUUGUUUGAGGGGAAAAAUGAAUUUCAUGCCUGCCUGUGAUUAUUAGUACCGGUAGUUCUAAGAUGCCUGAGGUAUCUGUGCAGAUUCAUUGACUGUCUCUUUGAACUUGUAAUCAUCAGGAUUUGUACUCUGCAAAGGUUGCACUAUUUGAUUGUUUUAUUAAAGGGGGAGGUAACUGAAGUACUUCAAUCCUGGGAGGCUGCAGAAUAAAAUAUUAGAUAUGCAUUCCUUUAAGAAUUAAUUAUAUGAUCAAAGCAUUUUCCAUCCAUUUCAUGCUCUCUAUACUGCUAUGAUUAUAGCUCAUCUCUCCACCAGAGAAUUCAAGAAAACUGUAAUGUAUUUAUAAACCUAAAUAGGGAAUAAUGUUUGCACAUUGGGGGGAAAUGGUCUGUUUCAAAGGCUAUAAAUUUAGCCAGUAACUCCAAAGUAAUGAAAGUAAUCAAGGACCAAACCAGGGAUGGCACCUCCUCACCUCUCUGCAAGUGCUCGAGCAUUUUUCACACCUUUGUGAUGUGAACAAAUUCAACAGAUGAAGUAUUUCCCAAUAUGGAGGUGAUAUGAAGUAUCUCCUAUUAGGUUUCUCUGUCAGGCAGCUGUUAAAAGAAGUCAUAGGAACACUGAUUUUAGAAAAAGGCCACACCUACAUUGAAAGUACUUAUUCGGCUUUAACGGUAAUGGUUUUCCACAAAGAAUCCUGGGAACUGUAGUUUGGUAAAGGCACUGAGCUCACAGACCUACAGUUCCCAGCACCAGCUCCCAGGAUUCUCCAUGUGUGGUGCAAAGAGUGCUUUGAAAGCAUGGGGUGAAUGUAACUAAAGAGAACUGGCAGUCCUAGAGAAAGAGAUGGCUAGCCCCCUUGCCAUCAGUUGUUGGCAGGCCAGAUCCAAAAGGAAACACGUGCUUUCUGAUGUGCAAAGAGCACCCUGCCCCUCUAACUUAAAAGCAGCACGUAUGGAGCUCAGCAGAGGGAUAGAAAGGCUGCUGACAGCCCAGAUCCGAGAGGAGGUCUGCAGGGUGGCCCUGGCUGACCUAGUGGCUCUAGGCCGGACAUGUGGCUACCUGGCAGGCUAACUUUGGCCCAGGACAUCUCCUCUCUGAGAGGAUGGAGCCGGGGAGGGAAAGGGCACUGCGGUGGGGCAGGGGGGAGAGAAAGGAAAGCUGACAGGGAGAGAAAUGCAAACACGGCCUAGCAGUUAUGGUGUGGGGGAGGUGUGGAGGAAGAUGAAGGGUAAACCUGGCAAGAGAACUCAGGAAGUCAAGCUGAAGCAAAGUGAGGGGAAUGAUGAGAUAGAGUUUCCUGGAGAGGGCUGGAGAGAAAGGCAGACAGAUAAACAGCCAGGAGGACCCAAGGAACGGAUGCUGUUCUCUGAGCAAAGUCCUAGAGGGCGCUACGCAGCUGGCAGCUUGCCAAGGCCUGGUUUCUGUUCUCUCUCUCUCUGUCUCCUUAUGCCUUUUGAUUUUACUUCAAGGACUUCCACAUAUGGCAAACAUAUUCGAAAGAAGAGGUGUCACUGCACCCCCCUCCCCACUACUGUGUUCUAAACACUAAAUAUUGUUCAUAAUAUCUAGCAAUGUGCUGGUAAUGCUGCAUAUUUCAAGGGAAGGCCAGGCGUUAGAAAGGUCAGGUUAGAUUCCUCGGCCACACAGCCAUCAGGCUUCCUAAAAGCUGCAACUUGUAGUGCUGCCUCUUAUGAUAUCAGUGCUAUAUUGUUCUGUCACAUCUUGGUUGCCUGUGUACACAUUACUGCAGGGCUGCCUCAAGACAUUUUGGAACCUGAGGCAAACCACAAAAUGGCACCCCCUAUCCCUGCCAGGUGAGAAGGGGUGAGUUAUAAUUCCUGUUACGUUAUUUUUUAUGAAGAAUGCAUAGGUUAUAUAAUAGGCCUGCAUGGGGAAGUUUGAUGUUUUUAUUGUAAAUUGAAAAUAACAAUGGUGGUGGGUUUUUUAAAAAAAAUUGACAAAAUUAUACUGACCUAUAGUUAAACAGCAAAUUAUCCAGUACAGUUAUACUUAUUGAUCUACCUCACGGUGAUAUUGUGAACAUGGGGUUGUCAUUUCUCAUCUAACCUAGCAUUCCUACCAAAAGCUUUGCUGCAAGGAAGGAUAUCCAGGAUAUGUGUUGCCUGUUCUAAUGCUGUAGGGCUCAGGAUGCAACCUUUUUCUGGGUGUGGUAUUGCUGGGUUCAGCUCCAUUCUACAGGAAAUGAACAACCAGGAAAGGCAACAAGAACUCUAUAGCACUUGGAGCAAGCAAGAAAUGCAGGACUACCCAUCUCCUUCUUGCAAUGUAGUCUUUAUAAGUGUUGAGAAAUUAAGUGUAUAAAUGAGACCUACAACAAAACGUCGCAAUAUAUUUUCUCUCACACACAUCUAAAAGUAACGUUCCUGUUGAGGGAGGGGACCAGCCAGCCAGUUAACCAUGUCUUCCUCCAGCUUCCUAAAAUCUGCUAAGGGCUCAAGCAAGCCAAUUCUUUCUCACUCUUCCAUUCUUGAUUUUCCAUUUUUCUUUUCCAAUUGACAUUCAACAUUCCAUGGCUCCUGAUGAUCAUGGAGCAUGCUUCGUCUUCACUGAGCUGUUUGGGGGCAUGGGAUUGCCCCAUUUUGGUAUUUGUGGACUUUUAAAUAUUGUUUGUACUUUGGCAAACUUUGGGGUCGCCCUGAGCAUUCUGAUACCUCCCUUAGAUUUCUUAGUAGCUGCAUUUUCUAUUGGCAUGAGAGCACAUAAGUUCACCAGCCAAAUGCAGGCUAUGAAUUUUAAUCCUUGUUUUAAUUCUGCCUGAGUUUUGUAAGAAUAAAUGAACUGCCUGUGGUGGUGUGUUUCACUGUAACAAUUUCCAGAGGAGUAGGGAUGUUAGUUUUCUUUAGCAAAAACAGCAAAGUCUUGUGACAACUUUAUUAUAGCAUAAGCUUUUGAGUUCAGGUGCAUGAAGUGUUAUCCUGUCAAUGCAUCUGAUGAAGUGGACUGUAGUCCACAAAAACUUAUACUAUAAUAAAUUUGUUGCCCUUUAAGGUGCUUUACUGCUUUUUGUUCUUUUUGCACUAUUGGCUCUGAUUAAAGGGCCUCAGACUCCACCCCGCCUCCGGAAAUUUGGCAUUUGUAAGGUUUUUUCAUUCUGUUUAUCUCCCAAGACAGUCCCGGGAGGGGUGGGUUUUUUGUUGCUGUAGUUUUGAGGAACCUAAACAGGCAAACUGAUUCUGGUCUCUUUCUCCAACUAUAAUAAUGUUGUCUCAAGGAACAAUUAGAGUUGCCAGAUUUCCCAUAUUAUUAUAUCAUAUUUCAAAAUAUCCCAACUCCAUAAAACAGGCACUCCUAGAUUCUUGGCAUGGCCCAUUUUGAUCUAGUGGUUUCAUGACAGUUUCAUGUACAGCAUUAAAAUAUCUGCCUCCCCUCCCCAUACUCUUGCCCUAAAGUAUUAAGAGCUGAGACCAAAUUUCCCCAUGUUGUUCUAGUAGCUAUAUUUAACCAAUAGUUUCACAGUUUUCAGACGGGAAAUAGGCCUCCCAGAGAAUAUAUGGGCAGCUGGUAGGUUUGAGAAAUAUGACAUCUGCUCACUCAGCCCAGUAACCAAUUCCUUUCAGUUGUGUUUCAUCUUGCCCAGCAUGAUGUAUUGUCAUAUCCAUCAGUAUAACUUGGGUGUCUAUGCAGUAGUCAGGUGCUGCGUGUCUUUAUUGCUAAUCCGAAAGGUCAAAGGAGCUGCCACCUCUGCCAGUUAUUAAUGUGGACUUCUAGCUUCCACAAACCACAUUCUUUGGGGACAUUAAAGCACUGAUACCCAACUGACACCUUCCCUUUCCCUUCCUUUAUCUGCCCAUGCAUCCCCAAACUACAGUGACAAUUCCAGCUCUGAAGUUGACUGCCAUCUGCAUCCACCCUUUGUUAUUUUAAGGAGGGUCCUUUAUGACAAACUUUGAGGAGCCCAGGUUUAGGGUGCUGCAUCUGCUCUGUAAGGCCUACUUUGCCACAGGAAGCAGCUCUCAAAUUUGUUUGGGCUCUCAUUUGGGCCACCUAGUUAGUCGCCGCAUACACCAAAACAAAGGAUAAGUACAUGUCCUUGAAUUAGGUGAAUGGCCUAUUCUGGGAGGGGUUGCACUCCACGAAAAGUUUAGGACUCUGGGAGUACUUCUGGAUUUCAGCUUGUCACUGCAGUCCCAAGUGGUUUCUGUGACUAGGCCUGCUUAUGUCAGCCUUAGGCUAGUACAUCAGCUGUAGUCAUUCCUAGGCUGAGAAUGUCCUCACUUCUCCAUGCUGUAGUGACUUUCUGCUUGGACUGCUGCAAUGUGCUAUAUGGGGAGCUGCCCUUGAAGGUGGCUUAGAAGCUGAAGCUAAUGCAGAAUGUGUCUGGAGGCUGGCAUCCGCAGCAAAAGAGGUCUAAAGUGAGAUGAUUAAAACCUGCCCCCUAUACUUUCUGAGCAGGGAAAGUUGUAAAAAUUGUUGCUUACAACACUGGAUGUUCUGAAGUUCCACCUAGAGGUUUUGUGCUUUUCUUUAUUUGUAUAAAUACAGUUUUAUUUUUUUCCAGACCACAAAUUAUUUCUAAGUGUCAUUUAGCUGGGAAAAGCUCUAAUCUUCAUUCCAUAUCUUCAAAGCAUCGCUUAUAUUGAGAUACUUAUUUAAUUAGUUAAUGAGUAGACUUUACAACAUUUCAGUGUUUUUUUUCUCCCAGAAUUUUAAUUUAAUGGUGGCCGUUUAUCUUAAAACUUCUCUAUAUUGUCGUUGUGGAGUAGAUUCCACUUUGGAAAGAAGCCGGACAUUGCCCGUGUUAGGAACUAUUUUAGGAUAGGUCUAGGAGCUCACAGUUUAAUUAAUACCAUGUGGAGCAGGUUGGAGGACAUUAACUAAUCCUUUACUUAUUUUGUUUAUCAUCACUUGGGAUAAACAAAGACUCUGGACUAACUCUCGGCAUGAUUAACUCUGAAUGGGUGGGCAGACUUGACCUUGUUAUAAUCAACACCUUGUAAAUUAUGGCAAAAGUGUGACUAUUAGCUAUACGUUAGCUAUACAUUUCUAAAAGCAAGAGUGUUAGCAAUUAAUCUUGUAUGGGAUGGGGGCAAGACAGUGAUGGAAGACUUAAAAUUAACCCCAUGUGGAGCACACAUGGGAUACUGUCAGAUGCCCUCAUGUGAGAAACAGAAAAAGGAUAUUGGCACUGAUCCUAUAAAAAUAGUACACAAUAUAAAUUGAUUGUGUGCCUUUGGUGUGGAUUUAUUUGUUUACAUGUGUAUUUAGUAUACUUGAAAAUUUUCCUCACUUGCUUGCUACGACUCAGAACAGUUCACUGUAUAUCUCUGUAUCUAUUCUUUAAAAUAAACUAAAAAUGUCUAAGUAACAUGGUUACGAUAAACCUAUCUUCAUUCUUAUCUAUAUUUGUUGAAACUUACAGCACCCCAGAAACAUUUUUGUGUGUGGAAGCAAGCUUCAGAGUUGGGGAGUCAACAUAGGGUACAUCAGACUAGUGGCCCUAAGUGUAUCCAUUGGACACAUGGAGGAUACAAUCAAAAAGUCAGCUAGCUUGGCUGACCACUCAGACAGCAGAGAAAAGAGUUGCUCUGGAAUCAGACAAGCAUAUCAACAAACUGAGCUCUGGUCCAAGCCUGCCAGCCUUGCCCUUUCCCUCUCACUACCUUGCUUGCUCCCACUGCCUCUUCCUCCUGAUUGCUACAGAAAGCAUCAGUAUCUGGGUUACUGAAAUGGAAUGCUGGCUGCAGGAUGCUUUGUUAAUGGUCUCUAGGUGGAGGCAGUGGUGGACAGGUGAAGAAAGCAACACAGGAGAGGGGAAACAAGAGUGAUGGGCUUGAAUUAGUACUUGCUGGUGUUGAUUGCCUGACAGAAGUUGUGGAAGCAGGCAUAGUGAAUGGAGCCCUGUUUGUCUUUUAUUUCCGCUUAAGGCAUUUACAGCCCAAACAAUGUAGAUCUUUAUAGGUUCACAAUGGUACCUAGAACUGUAGCUUGAUAGCUGUAUUUCCUGAAAUUGUGAUACAAUGCUGUUUUAGCAAAUGUACCUAUCAAGUAGCGUCACUAUUGUGCUGUUGGUUUUACCUCUUUUUUGCUCCCUAAUUAUAAAUGUAGCUCUAUUUUGUGAGACCACUUUGGAGCAGCUGUGGCUGUUAAAGUCUGAAAUAAAUCCUUGGAAGGUGUUUGUCUGUGUGGACCAACUUUGUGUUUAUAGAAAAAUGAUUUGGUGCAGGAGAGGGUGGAGGUACAAUUCCUGCCACUACAUCUGCAAAGGAGAAGCGGAAGAACACACACACUUUGAACCAGGAAGGCAAAAUCUGCGGCCUCGUCCUGACACUUCUGGUGCUGACAUCACUAGUCAGCAGUAACCUCUACUCUUGUUGACACAAGGAACAAACCCCAAAGGCCGUCUAGACAUUGAGUUGGCUGCCAACUUAUUCACUAAUAUCUGGAAAUGCUCAGAGAUCCACUUGGAGGCAAACCAGGGGGAGAAGGAGGCUUGAGAAGGGAAAUGCCAUUUCCCAUGUUAUUUUUUAAAAAUGGAUUCCAGUCCCUAGGCCAAAGCUGAUUCUUGCACCUCCCAUUUCCCCACCAUCUGCUGACUGUGAGGUUAGAACAAAUGCCAGUUUUAAAACUCUGUUCUCACAUCAUAGUUGCUGCUGGUCUCUUCUCUAUGCCAGAACUUCUCCAAGUUAUGCAAUUCCUCCUGCUGAUUCUCUUGCCUAAUGAAGUGGGGUGGGUGGUCAUGAGGAAGAGGACCUUUUUCAGUGGUGGCCCCCCAGCUGUUUUUUUUUUAAUUAUUUUUUAAAAAUAUUUUUCUCAUUUAAAAAAGCACAUGCAUUGUCUCUUUCUUCAGGUUGUGUUUUCUACAGAUCAGUUACAUUUGUUGUGAGACAUUGGUGUUAUAUGCAGUAUAGGGUUGGGAAGAAAAGAAGUGGGGGGCGGGAGAGAGGGGGUAGUGUGGUGUUGAAUGCCCUCCUCAGAGAGGCUCAGUUGGUACUUGGUAGCAUCUUUUGGCACCAGGUGAAUAUCUUUUUAUUCUCCCAGGCGUUUCAAUUAAAUGCUCUGGUGGGUUUUCAAUUCUGACAUUAAUCAUUCUUUUAAAGCUGGUUUUAUAGAGAUGUUAUACUACUCUGUGUUGGUUUUAUGCUGAAUUUUGUAAAAUAGCAUAGAUAUUAUUAGUUUUAGCUUAUUUUUUUAUUGCAUUUUGUUUUGGAGUUUUAAAAUAUAUAUAUAUUAAGUUUUGUAAACUUCCGAGAGGAUUUUGUUGAUGGCAAGUAUAGAACUAAUGUCUAAAUAAAAAUAAAAUAAAUCUUCCGCGGAUCAGUGGCAGCUGCUAACUCUGCUGGGAUUGGCUGCAUUUAUGAAUUCCUAUGUGCUGCUGAUCCCUGUUGAAAAUCAGGUUUGUAUCCAGUGCCGAUCAGCUGAUGGGCAGUGCCUGCAAGCCCUGUUUUCAUUCUGGAUCUUCCUUUGCAGCUUGACUUGAGUUCAAUACCAGACUGCAAAAGAAGAAAGGAAAGAAUUGAGAUCACACUUAGAGCACUUGCCCAAUUCUUUCCUUUGAAGCUGGGUCAGGUGAUUGAUAAGUGGGUGCCCCUGCUCACUUGUCAGAGUGGCCCACAUGAGUGUGGGAGCCGAAGAUGUGGCUGACCAGAUCCUGUUCCCUAACUCCACCUGUGUUAUUUCAAUCAGAAGGGCCAAGUGGACUUGAAGAAUGAUUAGGGCUUGCUCUUCUAACCCUGUCACAAAACCAGCCCAUGGUUUCAUCAGACUGGGAAGGGAGUCAGCACAAAGGGCAUAGUGUAUACUAAAUACUUCACUGAGAGGAAACUCUGUGAAUCAGCAGAUCUGCCAAAUCCUCCAAGAGGGAGGCAAAAGGAAGUGCAAAAAAUGCUGAAGCAUUUUGAGACUUAGGGAUGAGGAUGCAGGAGAGGACUUCCUGCUGGCAGGAAGGGAAGCUUUUAAAAAUGGCUCUGAAAGGUCUUGAGUAUUUCAUCCUCAGCUUUGACAUUCUACACAGCUCCCAUUUGCUUCUGUGAUCUUCCCACUUAGCAAAACAAAGAGUCCGUAUCCCUCUGGCUCUGACCAAACACCUGUUUUCGAAACUGCAGAAUGCAUAAAUGGAAUUAAGUGUGAAAGUUUCUUAGACUGAGCUGUCAUGAGCUGUGACAGCUGAGUGAUGAUAGGUAUGUGGAGCUGGGGACACAGUCAUGCAGCCAGGGGUUGACUUUACGGAAAUGCCCCCUCCCUGAAUAACAUGCACAUGCAACAAUCAGGAGAGCACUGGGAGCAAACUGGGAACCAGCACAUAUCAUCUGCUGCUCAUGGGUAGGAACGUAGUGUUUAGAAGGUAAGCACAGAAAGGCAGAAAUUGAUCAUAAAAAAAGAAAAUCCAAAGGCCCCUAUAAUAAAGGGCAGGGGAUAACCAGGAAGGACAAAGGAAUAAUUCUGUGUAAGCCACUCACACAAUUUGCCUUUGGCAAAUUACAAUGAAUUGCCAACAUCCUUGUAAGGAACAACCAGUAAGGCACAAUUGUUUUACUCACCUGUCAGUUUGUGAAAGGGUGUUUCUGAUAUGUACUAGUCACUGGCCAAUGUUAUGCUGUGGGGUAAGGGUUCAUAGUCCAGGGGUGCCAACUUGAAUAAAAUAUUGGGAAGUGUGUGUCAGAUAAACCCUGCCCCACAUAAUCACAAGAUGCACACACACCAUUUGAAUGGCAAUGUCCAUCAACUUGGGGGGGGGCGGCCCCCUCAAAUCUUUUAUUGGGGUCGAAGGGACUUUGGCCCCUUGGAGUUGGCUCCUCUGGUUCAUACACAUAACCAGGUUGUAAAGGACAAAUAGCCACAGAUCGUAAAGCGCUAUGCAAACUCUUUAAAGUGUUUGCAUGAAUUUCUGUAGCAGAUUCUGCAUUACGAUGCCAGUGUGGGCACAGCCCUACAAUCCAAGCCCUACAAACCUGGCAAAUGUAUAUCAGUUUUUGCUUGUGAUAAGCAUCAAGUUGUAUCAAGAAUAUGCUUAUGCAUCAAGUGAGACUCCCAGAACAAUGGCACAGAAUAAUUGCAAAGAAACUGUGCUGUCACUGAGCAAUCUGAAUGUUCCACAGUAAGUCCAAGGAAUCAAAUGAAUAGAAAAAUAGGUACUGCCUAGGGAGGGCAGGAGGAGGCAGACCCCUUCUCUCAUGACUACAUAAUCAUUUAUCAUCAAUAUCUCUGUGAAAGUCCAAUGCUUCUUUGUAACUUGGUGCUGAAUAUAUUCAAUAUCAGGACUUGAAUAUCAGGACUGCCUCGCCAGAGUGGUGCAUGCUCUGGUUAUCUCCCGCUUGGAUUACUGCAAUGCGCUCUACGUGGGGCUACCUUUGAAGGUGACCCGGAAACUACAACUAAUCCAGAACGCGGCAGCUAGACUGGUGACUGGGAGCGGCCGCAGAGACCACAUAACACCGGUCUUGAAAGACCUACAUUGGCUCCCAGUACGUUUCCGAGCACAAUUCAAAGUGUUGGUGCUGACCUUUAAAGCCCUAAACGGCCUUGGUCCAGUAUAUCUGAAGGAGCGUCUCCACCCCCAUCGCUCUACCCGGACACUGAGGUCCAGCACUGAGGGUCUUCUGGCGGUUCCUCACUGCGAGAAGCCAAGUUACAGGGAACCAGGCAGAGGGCCUUCUCGGUAGUGGCGCCUUCCCUGUGGAACACCCUCCCACCAGAUGUCAAAGAGAACAACUACCAGGCUUUUAGAAGACAUCUGAAGGCAGCCCUGUUUCGGGAAGCUUUUAAUGUUUGAUGUAUUAUAGUAUUUUAAUAUUCUUUUGGAAGCCGCCCAGAGUGGCCGGGGAAGCCCAGCCAGAUGGGCGGGGUAUAAAUAAUAAAUUAUUAUUAUUAUUAUAUUGAAGUUUGCUAUGAACUUUAUCCCCACUUCUACCACCAAAAUUUGAAAUGGUGCCCUUGAGGAAAAACAUGAUAAUCCUCUUCAAAACUUCCAGCUACGGUACAGUGGUGCCCCGCAAGACGAAUGCCUCGCAAGACGAAAAACCCGCUAGACGAAAGGGUUUUCCGUUUUUCGAUGCGCUUCGCAGGACGAAUUUCCCUAUGGGCUUGCUUCACUUUCCCCCCCUUUUUCUAAGCCGCUAAGCCACUAAUAGCCUUUUAGCCGCUAAGCCGCUAAGCCUUUAAUAGCCGCUAAACCGCUAAUAGCGCUAAUCCGCUAAGCCGCUAAUAGGGUUGCUUCGCAAGACGAAAAAACCACUAGACAAAGAGACUCGCGGAACGGAUUAAUUUCAUGUUGCGAGGCACCACUGUACUAGUAAAAAUGGCCCCAUUGGAGGAUUUCAGAUUGAUAUUCACGGAUUUCUCUGCCACCCAUAUGAAAAUUAAAAAAUGAGAUUUGCUUAUCAUAAUAAAUAUUGAAGCUGUUACAUUUUCAGGUGGUUUCUUAAGAUCUUCAUUUACAACAUUGAAGAUAAAUCUGUUUGAGUUCCCUUAUGUAGGUUAGAAUAGUAAGGGUUACGUGAGGGGCUUGUGGAAAAGUAACUGCAUGUUUUAAGAGAGACAGAACCGCAACCAUAAGAUUGAUUUAAAACCAAAACCAAAAAAGUAUUGUGGCACCUCAAAGAUAGGAAUAAAUGUAUCAUGGCUUAAGCUUUUGUGAACUUAUGAAGUGUGGGACAUGACAGCUUUUGCUAAUACUGUAGUUAAAAGUGCUACAAGAUUUUUUGCUUUUGCUGCACAAACUUAACACAACUACAGGUACCCCCGAAAGAACUCAACUGUGCAUUUUCUCUCUCUUUACCACUCAUGACCUGUGCAAAUCUUGGUAUUGUUUAGUUCUCAGGGGUGUUUUCUGUAAUGUUAAAAAUCAGCUAAAAACAUAGGUGGGAUGUUCACUCCCCCCCCCCCCGUUUCCUUUGUUUUAGUAAAAACAAAUUACAGUGAACAAAAAAAAGUAACUGGACCACUAAAUCUUGUCGCUAACCUGUCAGUACACCAAGGACUCUUUCUGAUUAUGCAUGUUGCAAUCAUUAACAAAUGCUGUUUUAGGGAAAUUAUCCCCCCUUUCCCAGCAAUGAGCUAUCCAUAUCAAGAAUAAAGAGGAAUGGAAACAUGCCAAUAAUGAUAUGGUUAUGCACAAGAUAUCUUGAGUCAACAAUCUCAAUUAAUAGAAGACGUUUGGUGACAAGUACAUUUAAGCAAUGGCAGACAAUGAAUCCACUUUGGAUAAAGACCCUUGUCUGCAGUUUGCCCCUUUAAAAACCAUAAACUGAAAGAUCAAGGAUAGGAAUAGGAAACCCAGUUUUCCAGAAAUAGACAAGGUGUCAGCGGCUGCAGAAUCCUGCUUCCUUUUUCAAUGUCCCAUCAAUCCAGUUGUGUUUAUUUUACUAUCCUGCUGCCAGCUCUCUUGGAAACCAUCUUGAGAAAACAAAUAUAGAGUUGCUGCAUGCCUUUUUAAUUACACUAAUUCUUUCUCCAUGUUAAUAGUAUGUGAAUAUUAGAAUAAUAUAUGCACAUAUGAGACACAAUGACUCAUACUUUUUACAGCUGCAUGGAUGCUGUAUGUUAACUCGCCAUCAUGUAUGCGUGUGAGCUCACUUGGUUUCCUCCAUGAGGCCCUGGAGAAAAAACCCAAAGGAUGAAGGUCACAGCAUAUAAAUCUUGGCGAGAGAGGAAGGGCAUUAUAGUCUAGCAGGAGUAUCUCCUUCACACCUUGGGGUUUUAUUUGGGACACAAACCAUCUGCAUGUCAGUCAGCUGCCAUAUCAUAGCAGACCUCCCUGCGAAAAUCAACUGUCUGGAGGGGCUGGUUGUGCCUUUGCAGGCACCAGUGAGAAUUUCAACCUGGUGGGGUCAACUAUACAAAGUGUCUAUACAAAGUGGUGAUUUUGGAUUAGAGGGAAUAGAGUUGCAAAUGAAUCUGGAAGAAGGAAUUUUUUAAUUUGAGGAUCAGAUCCUGCCUUUGUGUUUACUUCCAAAGCUGUGAAUAUAACAGCAAAAUGACUAUCCAAAGAUUGCGGUCAACCCUCUGAAAUGCGCUCAAGCAUCCAGUUGUUGCCAGACAACCAUCAUUUUAAGGGCCUUCUUGUUUUAGAGCAGAGAUGGUCACCUUUUUUCGCCUGAGGGGCACCCUGGGUCAACUCUCGCAGUCCCCUCUCUUGAGCUGAUCCAAGUAGCUCAGCUGAGUAGGAUGCUGUCUCCCCAGUUAUCAAAUGAUUAAUCUGAUAACUAGGAAGGGGUGAAAGAUCCAUCCCAUCAGGGUCAUGGGAUUCUAGUGCAGUGUCAACUUUAGUGUUUUUCUUCUUCUCCUUUUGCUGCUGUUGGAACAAAAAUGGGUGGGGAGAACGACAGAGAAAUUUUGUUUGGAGGGGGGUCAUGUGGCUUCUAGGCCAGGUAAUAGCCACCCUUGUUUUAAAGAGUUGCUUCUCACUUAAGCAGGGAAUUAGCAUGGUCCAGUAGAUAAAAUGUUUGAUUGCAGAAGUCAUGAGUUCAACUUUGGCUUUCUAUUGUAACUUUUGAAUAAUUGUUGUGAAUAUGUAUAGGAUAAAUAUUUAAAAGCAUCUUCUUCAUUUUUUUAAAAAAAUGCAAUGUAACUUAUGAAUAAUAAUUAUUUCCAAACUAUGGGAGUACAGAAUACCAUACAAUGGAUAUCCCACCACUCUCCAUUAUUUUUUUCACACUUUAGCACACUUUAGACCACAGCAUAGCAACCUGUUUUGUUGGUGUGAUGAACUGGCAAUGUCACCCCCUGUCAUUGACAGACUUUAGAGAAGAGGUGGAGACACUUGCCCAUGAAGUUGUAAAUGAUAAUUAGAACCAAUUAAGUAUAAACAACAACAGCUGUUAAUGUACUAAUCAUUUACUAUUUCUAUUUUAACUCUCACACUUUCUGUUUACUCACUGCCCCUCAGCUGAAUUUAACACAGGCUUCCUCAGCCUCGGCCAUCCAGAUGUUUUAAGACUACAAUUCGCAUCAUCCCUGACCACUGGUCCUGCCAACUAGGGACCAUGGGAAUUGUAGGCCAAAAACUUCUGGAGGGCCGAGGUUGAGGAAGCCUGAUUUAACAGAUGUUUUAACUCCCCAGAAUGCUGCUGCCUUAAUUCUCAGUAUCACAAACACUUUGAAUACCUAUUGCUCUUGGGACUAAGCCGGAUGUACAUGUGAUUAUUGAACAUGGGUUUGCUAGGGUAAGGGUUAAUUUCUGAGUCUUAAAGAAGCAGUAAUUGUUGUUGUUAUUGUUGUUGUUGUUGUUGUUGUUGAUAAUUCCCUGCCCUUCUGGCUGGGUUGGCCCAGCUACUCUGGGCAGCUUCCAACAUAUAUAAAAACAUAAUAAAACAUCAAACAUUAACAGUAACAAUCUGAUCUAAUAUAAAGAGUCAUAAUAAAUUUAAAAUAACGUAUAUCAAAUACGUAAAGCAAUAAUCAGUCAUCCUUUAGAAUCUAAUAGUAAACAGUAAGCACAUGGCUGACAGGAACAAAACCUGCCCUCUCCUUUACUCCACAUGCUUUGCUGCUUUAAUGUUCUUUCCCCUCCAGUCAGCUUACUUCUGGUAUCAGAACUAGGCUGAAGGUAAAAAAGUUUUAAAGCAGCAGAGCAUAGAGAAUACGGCAAGAACAGGCUUGAUUCUUAUAGGGUUUAUCACUUUAGAGCCAAACUGGCAAGCAUGAAUGCUAUAAACAAACAUGCAUCUGGUUUGGUCCUUCCUCCAACGCAACAUUACAUCUUUAGUUGCUACUGGUUCAAUUUAAAAUGUUAUAUUUACAGCCCAAGAAACCAUGAUUCACUGGUGUAGGAAUGAGUGAAAAGCUCCACCACUCCCUGCUCUGAAACCUUCCCUCUUCUUCUUCUUCUUGUAUGUUUAGCUGCAGAACUUUCCCGGUUUGUUAAGACAUAGUUUCCUGUGAUGUCUGAAUUCAGAAACUUAUCCUGAUCUGAAGGGAGCACUUAAAUCAGUUUCCCAGGUUGACAUCACGGUAAACCAUGGCUUAACAAACCAGGGAGUCUUAUUUGAAGCCAAGCAUGGGGGGGGGGAGAAGAUAAAACACGCACACUCAUUACUUAAGAAUGAGAUGCCAGGAUGCUCAAGAACAGGGCCAACCAUCCAGAUGUGGAAUCAGAAUAAAAAGCCUUACUUAUAACAUGUGCUUUUCCAGAUUAUUUCAAAGGCAAUGUACCUAGAGCAGCAAUUAUGAUUGUCACUAACUUAUUUUGAAAGCUCCUUUUUACUACGGCAAGAGACAGCAGUUAAAAGGGAACAAAAGAUGAAUCAAGGAAUGUAGGACACAUUGAUAGGAGGGGUGGUUCCAAGAUGACUGGUCAAUACUACUGUUAUCCUAUGUUUCCCGUAUUCCACCCCCCAGUACAAUAAAUGCAGUUUAUGGUGUAUUCCAAAGGAUAGUUUGUUCCUUUUCCUGUUGUACUUGUGGAGAGCCUCAGACAGGAUACAUCUGCAGGAAUCCCAGAACCUAAACCUGCACAGACCGUACAUUUUCUUUCUCUCCCCCCUCCCACCCCCUGCAACCCUAGUAUAGUGAUGUUGCCUAACAGGUCAUAAAGCUAAGAGAGGUGUCUUCAGUUUUUGUUAUUUUGCAUCCUUCCUUGUAUCCUCCACCCAGUUCCACGGGACAAUAUUUGUGCCCAGCCCUCUGAUCAGUUCUCAUGAGCAGAACAGAGGAGCACCUAUCUCUGCCCCAACCAUUGUUUGCAUGUUUUGCCUUUACCUAAAGGAAGCAACAUGGGUUAGUUGCUGGCAGGGACGUUGUUUCUAACAAUGUGUUAGAUAAAUAAAUAAAUCCCAGCAUUCGUAAGGAGGAGAGCUGUUUCGCAAGAGAGCCAUGAGUGACACAGUUACAUCUGCAGUUUCCCCAUCUUCCUGCUGAUGUGGCUCCGCUCUUUGAGAGCACCAACAAAGAAGCCCCAGCAGCAAAAUUUGUGGAAGCAUAGAGAAGGGUUUAGUGUGCAAAGCAAGGUGGUGUUGUGCCUUAAAUAUGAGAAAGCAAGACAUUUCACAUAUGUUUCUAGAGGGUACUUAACCCACAACACUUAGAGCUGUCAUCCUUCAGAACCAAUUACCUUCCUAAUACACACACACAUUGAAUGCAAUCCUAUGUAUGUUUACCCAGAAGUAAUGGGGCUUGUAUCUCAGUAAGUUUGUUUAGGAUGCAGCUGCAGUGACCCAUGUUUUAGAGGCAAGGAGGUCUCUCAUUAUAUAGUGAUCAUGUCCUGCUUCAAUGUGUGUGUGGGGGGGGUGUCCUCAAGCCCUUAGUACACUGAUUUCAAUGCCUGUUAUGAUUCUCCUCAGGACACCUCUAAACAUGUACUGAGGGACAGUGAAAUUGUUCCUGUGUCAAUAGUGUCUAGCCAUCUGGAGCCCAGAAUUUAUACUGGAGGCAGAUAUGUCCAGCAGUAAAUUGGAUAUAAAGAUUUGUAUUCAGGACAGAUCAGAAUUAUUUUUGUUUCAAAAUGGUUAUAUUUCCAUGGGAUUUCACAAAAAUGCUUUCAUUUAUUUUCAUUAACACAGAACACAUUUUUUGUACAACAUCCAAAUGUUUUCCCCACCCAUCUGUCUUUUCAGUCUAACUGUUUUGUUAAGUGAUAGCUUCAGGGAGAAAAAGGAUGCUUAACCCUUUCUAACUGUACCUCUUCCCUUUCUCCCACUCAGCCAUUCUGUUUUCUUUCAUCCUGCACUGCAAGCUUAGAACAGGUUUCCAUCUUCCAUUUGCAAUUCCAUCUGAAUGUCAGGGAUGCAGGACUUGAACUAGGAAUCUUCAUGUCCAGGGAAAGGAUCUAGUUUUGUGAGCAGCCAAGCAUGGAUUACAUGUGCUCAAGCCACAUAGACUUGUUCAUGUUCAUAAAGAUGUUUUGCAUGAGCACCCCAGGCUUUCCUAUGGAGGGAAUUAUUUAUUUAUGUUCACAAGGACUGAAUCCCCAUUCUGCACCUCAAAAUGUACCCUUGCCUGAGAAGAGACUGGGGAGGUGUUUCAUGUACGCUGCAUCACAGCCAACUUCCCACUCCAGCUACUUCUACAUAUAUGCAUAUAUUAUUAAUAUUUAUUUUUCAUUUCAUUUCUAUACCGCUUUGUAUUUUUACAGAAAAAUCCCAAAGCGGUUUACAACACAUUAAAACAUCAAAUAAAACCAUCCGGAAUAAAUAUUACUAAAGAAAGUCAAAUAUAAAGUAUACAUUAAAAGUGACAUAAUUAACAGGAAACUAAAAUAUUAUUUUAAAGAUUUCAGCAUAAAACAUUGCUAGGGAGGUCAACUACAGAAAACACAUUUAGCACAGCAAAGUUCACACAAAAAACCUUAACCAUUUCAAAAGAAAGCAUUACUAAAGGAAGUCGAAUAUAAAAUGUACAUUUAAAACAUCAUAAUUAACAAGAGAAUAAAAUAUUAUCAUAAACAUAGAACAUAUCUUCUGCUGUUGCUGCCAAGUCCUGCCCACAGUAAUUCAUGGCAGGUGGUGGCUGUGGAAACUCGACCUGGCUCAAUGACCUGGGUCUGCACUAAGAGAGUUUCUGAUGUACGCGGUGUUCUGCAUUUACUUCUGUGAGAGAGGGGUAAUAUUCCAUGUACAUCCUCAUUGCACAUGGCCAUAGUCAUCUUCACAUUGAAAUGAGGUGGGAAUUGUGAAUGCAGGAGUUGCGUGCACAUGUCAGAAUGCUCACAAAGCUUAAAGAUCCACAAUACUGAAAAUUAGAUGUGUAGCUUGGCAGACAGAACAAAGCCUCCAGAUACUAGGAGCCAAGACUACGCUUGCUCAACUGAGCAGUGCGUUCCUCUUGCUUUUAGCUUGAGGGCCUAACAGUUCAGGCCACUAACUCCAUUGGAGUGUCAGGGGCUGGAUUUGGGUGUGGCUUUAAUUGAGGAAUGAAACACACAAGUUAACCAUUAAAAAAAAAUUAAAGCCCUUCCUCUUAACUAACAUAGUGAAAAUGAAAGCCAGAAGGAAUUCAAAAAGCAGAAGGCAAUAAAAAUUUGUAACCGUGACCCUGAUUCCUUUUAAAUUAGUGGUGGAAAAAUGCAUGUAUAUAGGGACAGACCUCUCAGCCCAGUACCUUCUCCAGCCACAUUAUCUUUCAUCUUGCCACCUUACACACUCACAUGCAGCCUUGUGCGUGAUGUACAUGGAUUCUGAGUCUUGCUCUGGUUCUCCAUCUCAUUAUUCUCUUAUUGCAGUUCAUUGGUUGUUGCUGAGUGGCCAUGUGCUAAGUGCACCACUGAGGGUCUAUUCUUGCUUUUCUUUACAUGUUUUGCUUUUUUGGAAGCUACCAUGAAGGAUGCUACCUCGAUAGUUUUGCACAGUGAACGUUUUCCAUAGGGGAAAGAACCUCCGAAAACUAGACGUCAGAAACUCAUCCACCUAUGACAAGUAUUGGCUCCUAGUGCUUAAGGACACUUCCUGAGCUGAAUGCACUGACCAAAGCUUUCUCUACUGUUUUGACCUCUAAGUAGUCAAAUGUUGACCACCUAAGACUAGGCCUCUGUAGUAGCUAUGUUACCAGCACAACUGUGUAUCUGACAAGUGUCCAGGUACUUGUAUGCCAAGGCCGACGGUUGACCUAUCAGAGCGCUGAUGUGACUCAGAUCUGCCGAGCAUCAUGUGCUUUCAGACCAUUCAUUGGCCCCUCUGGAUCUACCUAUGCCCACUGUGGGAAAUAAACAGUGGAGGUGCUAUAACUUCCACUUGUUGCAUCUGGGUCCUCGUCAACUGCUGUAAAGUUUUCUAAAUGGAAGGAAUCUGAGCAUGCCCCAAAAUUUGUCUAAAAUAUAGCCCAAGAGUUUUGGACCAUAGCAAUAGGGUGAUGCGUGUUCCCUCCACCGCCACCCUUCCUUCUGGAAGUUUCUGCACACUUUAGAAAUCAUGAUUCUAAAUUUUGUGAGCAAAGUGGGGCAGGGGGGAAGCCACAGUAAGAAACUUGAGAGUGGGAUGUGAGGGAUCCACCCCUAUCCUGCCAUUCUGUAUUGCUGCUGUGGCUCCUGUCGCUCCCAUUAUUACUCCUAUUACUCCGGCCGCUACUACAGGAAAAGCAUGGUUGGGAGACAAGCAUGUCCGGCAAAGAUAGAAGCUCGAGACUGCUGAUGCCAGCCCAGUUUCUAAAGAUAUACCUAGUCAAAUGACCACAGUCUGUGUGGCUUCUUGGCAGGAAGGAAGUGUAAAACAAUUAAAAGGAGCAAGGAUGUCUACACAAAACUAGGUUUUGGACAGGUCAUUCUAAUGACCUGGGUGCUGCCCUGCACGUUUCUCAGCCGCCUGUGGGAAAUUGCUCCCCAAAUGCCUUCUCUCUUCUGAUUCCCUGGUAUUCCUCUUACCUGCUUUCCCAGAUUCUAAUUUAGCCUGGGGGAAUAUGCCCUUUCUCUUCCUGAUUUGAUUGCCCUCCCCCUCAGCCUCCCACUGUUGUUGUAAGCAUAUAGGAUGCAGUGGCCAAGGAAUGCAAAUAUUUUAAGUUCAUCUGGCCAUGGUGUUUCUGAAAAACAAAUACUGUUUUACUUAUAAAGCACCAUGUACAUAGAUGUUCGAAGUGUAAUUUAUUUCUUAUCAUUUAUUAAUACUGUAAGGGGAUAUUGCACUGCUUAACUCAUUCAUUAAAGUAGCAGUCAAAAGUGUUACUGGGAUAUGAAUCAACAUAAGUUCAAGUGCUUACAGAUAUUUUCUCCUUUUGUAAAAGAGAAUGUGUGAAUUUAAGGUGACAGAUCUUUCCUGCUUUUGCAGGAUGCCCAUAACCGGUAGACUGAAACUCGUGAAGCAAAUCUUGAUAUACUACUACUAAGUGUUUCCUCCAAUGUUAAUUUAUUUUCUAUUUAUAAAACAAUUUUUUAAAAAAAACCACCUCUUUAAGUUUUGUGCAGCCUAAGGGCUUAUCCACACUUACCUUUCCGCUGCUCUUUCCAGACACAAUCUGCACUUUAAAGCUCUGUGUCUGAGCACCUUUUUUUUUUUUUUUUUGCUUUGCAGUUUCCCCCUCCCACUCUUAAAAGCUCAGCCAGAGCAAAUGACAAUCCAAAUGGACAUUUGCUCCAGUUGAGCACUAAAGAGGAGGUUUGGGGUAGAGAUGGGAAGGCCUGGGGUGGGGAAGAAAAAUUGGGGGGAGGGGACCAGUCCCCCCCUCCUUUUUUCCCCAAAGCCAUUUUUUUCAGUUUGGGAAAAAACAGGGGGGAAACAGUAGAUAAUAAUGAGUGACUGUUGUUCUGUACUAUAAACUUGUUUCUUUCUCUCCCUAGAUCUAGUGAGUGGCUAUUCUAUGACCCCACCCACACUCAGCAUCACAGAAGAAGAAUACGUGAUCAACGCUAAGGACACACUGAAUAUUACUUGCAGGUAAGAUUAAAAGAACAGUGCCUUUCACAGUUGCCAGCUGUUGUGCCAAAGAUUCUGAAAGACCUUUCAAAGACACUCAGUGGGAAACCUCUUUCUGGUUUCUGGACUGGUGGAAAAGCUGAACUUAAGUUGACUGGUUAUGAAUACUUGGGACAGAAUUGUGGCUCUCCAUUUGUGAUAGGGGAAUUCUGGGUCAGGGCAGCCAAGAACUGUCAAUCAUAGCCUGUUAUAAAAUCAGGGGGAACGCUAUACAUUAUGAUCACAACCUCCACAUUUACUGAUUACAGACACUUGAGGGCUUAUAGUAAUAUUUGACCAAUGGAUUUUAGUACGCUUUCAAGAAAAUGCAUGGAAUUAGUAUUAUUUUCACCUGAGCUCCAAAAUUAAAAAAAGCAACAAUAAAAGCAAGUUCGAGGGCAUAUAUUAUCAAUGGCUGAGUGCCAAAGAACAUUGCAACUCACUCUGCAUGCUGAAAGAGUCUUGAACAGCCCACAUAGCAAUUCACUUAGGAAAUGAAAAGGGCUUUUAAAAGUGUGUAAUCAUGACAAAGAGCAACCCCAUCUUAGUACUGCAUGCUUUCCAGCAGUUUACUUGGAAGGAACAGGAAUUAGGUUUGUAGGUCUUUGCUGUGGCAGGCAACCAUGCAGCCAGGGCCUAAAAAUUAGUGCCCGUUCAAGCAUGCACAGGCAUUGUGGUCAUGUAGCUGCACUUUCCACAGAUUCCUUCUACCUAAAGCCUGUGUUGCCUGUUCUUUUCUUCCCCAGGAAACCCUGAUCUGCACCUUGAAAAAUGUAGCAUAAUUUAGUAUGGUUGAGUGCACAUCUCCAACCUACUAUGUACCCACUUAACUUUUUGCACAUAUGCCCUUAUCCUAAGCCUGUUGGGUAAAACCCUUCCUUCAUUGCCUCUUCCCAAGGACAGAGCAGCAACUAUGCUAAGGUUAUAUCUUUAUUUAUCUGACAGAGGCUUACAGGGAGCAGGAAAGUAUCUUAUUUCCAGUCUGAGCUCUUAUGUGCAAAGCUGCCCUUGCCAAAGCAAAGAGGCUGAUUUGUUCUUUGAGUUAUCCAAGGGAAUCUUCCCAAAUAGCAGUUAACUCUGUUUUGAGCCAGCUCAUCUUUAAAUCUCAAGGGGGAUGUGACCAGAAACCCGCCUCAUGCUAGGAUGAAAACAGCAGGAAGGAAGUAUUCCUAUCUCCUGCUUCCAGACCACAUAUUCAAUGCAACUUAAAGCUGGUCAACAGAUUUGGAAAAGAAUGGGGCCCAUAUCCUUCAUCAGUAGCAUGGCUAUCCUCCCCACCAACACUUACCUCCCCCAAAGUUCGGCUCCCACAUUUUUCAUUAACUUUCAAUGAUGUGGAAGAGCCAUAGCUCAGUGGUAGAGCUCAUGCAUUGCAUGUAGAAGUUCAGUCUCUGGUGCCUCAACCCCACAGACCAAGAUCCCUGCAAACCCUGCUUGUUCUGUCUGGGUGAUUUGAAAGCAAACAGCGAGGACAAUGGCUCAGGGGUGUGUGGACACAGUUGGUCAGUGCUGCCUGCAAACAGUGCUUUCAGUAGGGAGCUGCAUCUCUUUACUUGCUCCACAUCUAAAUGUUGUAUAUGAUGUCAAGCUGUAGGGCACAUGGGGAAAAUAGCCUUGUGGGCAAAAUGGUUUCACCAAGAAGGAGAUUUACCAUAUCAUUCUUACUUACCUAGUACCAUCAUCUCCACUACCUUCUCCCUGCAACAGCUGCUUAAUUUGAAUCAAAUUCCUACUUGUUCAGACGUCUUUAAUCUUGCCCAGCUGUGCCUCAGAGUCUCUCCUCUGGAUCGUAGACCAUCCUGAAUGGACAUGGUUCACAUUAGUGAGAGCCGGGGGAGUUGAAAUGCAGAAAUACGCAACAUGUCGGCCGUGGGGGAGCCAGUAGGAGAUUUCUGAAAUAAAACAUAAUUAUUUCAAAUGAGUAUGAAGCAAACGCUCUCCUCAGAUUUCACUGGAGAAUUGGAGAUAGAUUUGUUUGUCCAUGUUGUAACUCAAAGAAGAAUGUUCUGGCUGCUGCUUGUGAGCAGCAUUUAAACUUAUCUUAACCAUCCCAACUUUCUCUGCAAACCUCUGAAGUUUUUGCCUGUUUGCACAUGUAAUAUGAUACUGGUUUUCGUUUACUAAGUAGCAGUAGAAUAUGCACAGUGCACCAACUGCUAGUUCCUGUCCAAACGUUGAAUCCAGAAUGACUGGAUAUUCCCCAUUCUAUUUUGUUAUCAUCCUGACCUUGAUUCCACUCCACAUGCCUCACACUUUUACUUGGAGAAUUUAUACAAAUUAGUUUCAUAACUUGAGCAUGUUCAGCUUUCAGUGAUCUUUGGGGUACCGUAUAUCUCCAAACUGUCCUGUGCUAGUUAUUGAUGUGAAGAAACUUACAUGUGCAUUGAUUACACUACAGCAUGAAAAGGAGUCUUGAUGCGAUUGUAUACUUGCAUCAGGCUUUUUGUUCUGUGGUUUCAACUAUGAAUAUAUAGGCACAUGAGCAUUGAUAAAACCACAGUGCAAAAAGGAAUCUGGAUGUGUUCAAGUAGUCACAUCAGGAUUCCUUUUUGUGGUAUGAUUUCAUCAGUGUCUGCACAUUGGCAACUAAUAAACGGGGCAGGGGGUUAUGUUGAAGUGAAAACUGUAACAAUGCACAGCCAUUGAAAGUCCAGGAAAAAAACCCCAGAAAAUUAAUCACUAACUCAUCAGUGCAGCUCUGCCAACAUGAUUAGGUAAUUUGGAACCCUGGAGAAAAAUCUCUGGAGAAAUUCAUAUGAGGAUAACUUCACAAGCAUCCCUAGAUUAAACAAAAAGAUUUAAAACAAAUUCCUACAUAAACAUGCCUUGGGCAGCUUCAUUAUAGAGAGGAUAUAAAAGAUGCAUGCAAUUCUUAUUCAAGAACUGAGAAGUAGAGCAUAUGGAAACUGACAGCUGAGCUCCAAUAAGAGAUGCAUAAGAAGCUGGUACUACCAGGCCUUGCUUUGUACAACAUGGAUAAAGCAAGUACCUAAUCAGUCAGCAUUCAGACAGAAGUGUGAACUUCUGCUAUCUGCAGUUUGAUAAUGUGACUGUACAGUGGAGUCUUGUAAUUGCCACAAUAGAAAAGAGGGAAUAUGAACACACACACAGAGAGUCCAACAAAGAUAAGCAGUAGCCAAAUACAAUUAGUGGCAUGAAAUAACAGGAUGGGCCUGCCUUGCAAAAGUGCCUGGAGGAAUUUUGCUGUUGUGGAUUGUCAGUUUUCCAAACUAUCAGCAUCUCUAGAAGCUGGGAGCCUUUAACUGGGAUACUUCUGUGAGUUGGAUGACACAAGGACUGUCAGCCUUCGUAAUCAGACGAAUGUAGUGACCACCACUUUCCCUCUUCCUCUCAGAUGAUGAGUGGGCCUUGCCUGUGACAUCUCGCUGUACUUUGGGAAUGCUCACCCACCUUCAAGGUCCAGUACAACUGCAAGGGCAGGCCCACCCUCCUUCUCCAGCUCUAAGUUGGGAGACAGGCUUAACCCUGGAAGUGCUGGAAUAUGGAGAAGCUUGCAAAGCAAUGAGACAUCUUGCAACUCUGCAAUUCUCUCCAUGGUGGCAUUACAUUUGUGACACUUUUUGGAAAACAACAACAACCAUAUACUGUAUAUGCUGUUUUUAUAGUAAUAAAUAAGAAUAAUAAAUGCUGAGAAUCAUACACUAAAUAUUUCUUACUUCUGCAUGCUUAGUGUGCUAGAUAGAAAGGGUCAAGCUUUCUUCACAGGUGAGAAGUUGUCACACUUAGGCUGUGUACACAUUCCUAUUUACUCUUCAUCCAGUGUGCUCCUACCACUGAUUUGGAAAGCAGGGUACAUGCGACAUGUUAGCCACAAUCCACAUCUAUCUUGUGGAUUCUAUGAUUCUGUAUUAGAGGAGGAAUGCAGCUGAAUCCCUAAAUUUGCAAUGCGGACAUUAGAAAUGGAGUAGUAAAGGAAUUUUAGAAUGCCAUACCUAUUAUAGAAGGCCAUAGUAACACAUCUAAUUCUGCUUCUGUUAUUCCUUUUGUUCUGGUGAAGAGGGCAGCACCCCCUGGAGUGGUCGUGGCCUGGAGGCCAAGAGGACACCGUCCAGAUUGGGAAGGAGAGCGAUUCAGUGGUGUUGGUGAGUCUCGACGGUGUCCAAACAGUCAAGGAAGAGGAUUGUGAGGGCACUGACACAAAGCCCUACUGCAAGGUCUUGACACUGACAGGGACUCAGGCUAACGACACGGGCUACUACCGCUGUUACUACAAGUACAUCAAUGCCAAAAUCGAGGGCACCACUGCAGUCAGCACCUAUGUAUUUGUGAGAGGUAAGAGGGUAAAAGACCUGCACAGCCAAAACAGAUUGAACUCCAGGUGGAAGAACUUAUUGGCCAAACUGCAUUACAGCCUUAAAAGAAAAUAUAUAUAUAUAUUGUUGAAACUCUGUAUUACAUAGCAGGUUGCUUAAGGAAAAGCUACUUGGAGUUAAAAUCAUUGUGAAGAGACAGAGGUUACACUGUCCUCUGAAAGGGAAAGGUUAUCACAGUUUCAAAUGAUGUAAGAUUGAUGUGCCCAUGUGCAAUUUUCCCUGCCUGCCUCUAUCCUGACUUACCGUAUUUUUUGCACCAUAACACUCACUUUUUCCCUCCUAAAAAGUAAGGGGAAAUGUCUGUGCGUGUUAUAGAGGGAAUGCCUACGCGUGGCAUGCCUACGGAUUUUCCUCCUCUAAAAACUAUGUGCGUGUUAUGGUCGGGUGCGUGCUAUAGAGCGAAAAAUACGGUACUCUAUCAUGGCACGGCAGUCAAUUUGCAGCGUUGAUACUGAGUUCCUACACCAUGCUGGUAAGGCUUCUCUGUUAUCUAGGUCAGUAGCUUCAGACCCAGGGAACCCACUUUUAACCUAAACAUGCAUUUGGAGACCUAAUUCUUUUUUUCCCCCUUUUCUUUUUUGUGCCAUAUAUUUGCAUGGCGGUAUUGCAGCUAUCCAACCUAUUUGCAGCAAAACUGUGUGUAUGUUUACCUGAAAGUAUGUCCUUCUAUUUUCAGUAGAGAGCAGGAAUUCUACAUCAUGACUGAAACUCCAUGCUGCCUAUGCAGACACACCGUGUUUAUUGAUUUAUUGUGUAGAAGACAUUGAGAGGGCACCUGGUUGGGGAAGACUGCUCUAGACUAUUCAGAUGUUGCCUAUGCCCUGGGCAUAAGGAAUGGUGGGGGUGCACAGCACAAAGUGAUAGAGGCUGAGGACAUACAUGAAAUAGUUUUUAUUGUUUAGGUUUCUAUGGUGAAAUCACUUUGAGUUGUUCUAGUGAUUCCUAAAUGGAAUGAAAUAAAUAAUUGAAUAAUAAGAAGGGGGAACCCCAGAGUAUAUAGAGGAAUCUGUAAGAGAAAUUGGAUGUUUCCCCAUCCCCACCAGUUCUGAGGUGGCAAAGGUUCCUCCCACCACCCAUCUCUAGCACCUGGUCAUCCUUCACGUCCGCAAAUGCUUCUCUGUAUUCUGGUUUCCUCUCUCAUCUGCAUAACGAUGAUUAAAUCCAGGGGAGUUGAAGAGGGGUGUCAAGUCCUCUGCUGAGAACAAAUCAGUAUUCAUCCUCUUGUGUGGGAUUUCUGAUUAUAGGCUCUGACUAGGGGAUUCAAUUACACUGGUGCCUGGGGUGAAUGUUUCUGUCAGGCUGGAAUGCAGGAAUUUUUAGUUCAAUGGCACCCUAGAACCACAGCAGUGGCCUUGUCUAGGUUUUUUUGUUGUUGUUUUUUUAAAGAGAGAAAUUAAAUCAAUUGUUUGGAAGGGAAGGGCGAAACGCAGGAGCUGUUUUGAAUAAAACUGAAGCAGAGAAGGAUGAAAAACUGUAGUGCUGGAGUCAGAGAGGGUGUAGGAGGCAGAGAUUCUCUUUUCCCCAAUCACAUACUGUUUUGCCUCUGGCACCUGAAUCAUAAUUUGUGUGUGAUAUAGCUGGAUCUUCCAAACUCCCUAGAUUUUUGCCAGUUAAUGAAGUCAUGAUGUGCUACAUUUUCUGCUUUUAAAAGUGUUAAAAUUAUCCGUUGAGUAUGUCCUGUCAGUCAAGCAUAAUUUUAGAUUAAAAUUAGGAAAGAUUGUGCACUAGGGGUAAAAAAUCUAGACUCUCUUGUUCAUAUAGACCUUACUAGUGCUUUGUGAUUUUUGUGACUGUGAGGACAUAUUAAUUAUCUAGAUUUCUUUAAAACACAGAUGCUGUAGGAUUCUGAGAACACUUUCUAAAGCAUUCCACUUAUCCAAAAAACAAAUCCUAACCUUUCGUCCCCAUUCACCAACUCUGUUUGUAUGAUCAAAAGUGUAACUUGAAGGAGCAAUCCUAAUACCCAGACAGGUUUUGCUGUGCUAGCUCUUGACUGGUUCAGCAGAGAGGUCCAGAUUAGACCCCUCACCCCUGCCCCACACAGGAAUAUCCCUUUACACUGACUACCACCCACUGCUUUUAGUGAGUGCAGUGGGGAACCAGUGGGUGGACUAGAGUUUGCUCUCCCACCCCCACCCACGCCAAAUGAAGAGGCACAUCUUCCACUCUAGGGCAGUGGAUUGCAUGUUUGGAUUGUUCUGCCAUCUACCUAGUAAACUUGGGGAUGAAUUUCAAAAUGAGAUAUAAUAAUUCUAAAGCACAAAAAAUGCAUUCAUCUGGUUUGUGGUGGCUAAGUGAAGAGCAAGCAUGUGCUGUGCAGAGUGCUGUGGUGAGCUGGUCAUAUCUAUCUGUUUCAACACAAAUUGGCAAGCACCAGAAAAAAUGACAAUGCAGUAUUACGAUUUCAUCUUGGUGCCAAAAAUCUGCCUGUACAAGCAGUAAUGAGAAAUUAAAGCAGAACAUAACAUCUGAAUUGGUGACUGACUUUGCCACUGGUGUUCUGCCUCACCUUAUUUUCUUAAGAGUCUUGGCUGAGGGCCUUUGUGAAAUUAUAUUUUAUAAUGGAAUGACAUGGACUUUUACUUGCAAGAAAUACUCACAUAAGUAUCACUGGCACUUUCCAUACUGCUUACCCUGGCACAUAGUUCAGGCCACUUCUAGUUCUAUAGUUGUGGUCAUUACAAUUAUCAACAAGAAGAUGCAUGUCAUCUGUGAUGUCACUAGGCAGGGUGGGGAACCUGUAGCCCUCAGGAUGUUGUUGGACUCCAACUCCCAUCAGACUCAGCCAGCGUGGGAAGAACUUCCUGACAGUAAGAGCUGUUCGACAGUGGAAUUUGCUGCCAAGGAGUGUGGUGGAGUCUCCUUCUUUGGAGGUCUUUAAGCAGAGGCUUGACAACCAUAUGUCAGGAGUGCUCUGAUGGUGUUUCCUGCUUGGCAGGAGGUUGGACUCGAUGGCCCUUGUGGUCUCUUCCAUCUCUAUGAUUCUAUGAACAUUUAGAGGGCCAACAGUUUGCCCAGCUUCAUUAUAAGUGAAACCUGUGCAUUCUCUGUCACUUCUCCACUCCAAAUCACUCUCCUAACUUCUUUCCCCCUGCACACUUCGAAUUGCCUGUUCCCCCUGGCAAACUUGCAUUUGGAACUGCAAAGAGAAGGAGAUAGAAAGUGCCUGCAUGGGCAAUUUGGAACAAAGAAGGAACGAGCGAGAAGGGAAAAAAACCCUAAGCCUUGCCUGGUCUCUUCUCCAAAUUCCCCACCCGCAAUGCUGCUUUUCUUGAUAAAGUAAACAACAGUAUAUUAAUACAGCUUAUUGACACUUAUUUGAUUUUACUUUUGCACAACAAUCCAUUCAUGGGUGGUCUUAAUUUUUGCUAUACUUUGGGAUGAGAAUAUCUGACCAAAAUGUGCUGGGAAUCACAACCACAUGGUAGGCUCCCAUGCUGCUCAGACCAACUUUCCUUGCCAGCAUCAUUGACCUCAGAGGAAGGCAAUGGUGUUGGUACUCAGGUGACCCCCUCUGUAUGAAUGUUAAAACAUGGAGCACCAUGGGAACCAGGAAUGCAGAAGUGGUCCUGAUGCCAUUCCAGCAGUAGGUGAAUUGGCCCUCAGAUGUUUGAAAUUAUAAGAUGUGAUAAGCUGAUGGACAGGGUCUUCAUUCAGCACUGGCCCCCAGUCCUUGCCCCACACCUCAGCCCCCAAACUCAAAGCCACACUUUAGCUUUCUCCUCCAUAAUAACGUUUAUCAUUGCUUCUUCUCAUGUGCAUACAUCAUACAUCAUUUCUUUCUCCUAAGCAUGUCCCCCACGAAGUUACAUGUGUCCCGUCCCCCCAUAACUGUCCACCCUUCAAAUACUUAGAAACCAGGGAGUCAGUGUUCAAAGAGGAAUUGCAAUUGCUUUUGGGUUAUGUGGAUAUUAGUGUAGAUUAUGGACUUUGGAUAUUCAGAAUCCAGUCUAAAUAUAAUAUGGGCAAUUAAUAGUGAGCCCCUGUGGUUUGCCAGCUGAGCAACUGUUGCUGGUAUUUUAAAAUAAAUCAUUCUCCGAUAACAAACUCAAAAUAACAAUAGCCAGAGGCAUUAGAAGUUUGGCAGGAAUUUCCCCUCAUGAAUGUUAGUUCUCUCUUAAUCUAAUCUGCCCUUGGUCUUUGCUAUGAACAUCUGUGGCUGUUCUUCAAAUACAUCCUGGAGGAAUAUUUAUAUAAAAACACAGGGAUGGAAUAAAAUCCAAAACCUCUAGUCAGGAGCACUUAGCAGGAAAGAAGCUGAUGUACAACACUGCCCAUGAAAAUAUGUCUCAAUCAUGACCUCGUGCUGCAAUUGUAGGAUGGUGAAAUGGGUUUCUUCUCUCAAUUUAGAGCUAACUUGCUCUUUGCUAGCAUAAUGGGGGCCUAAGUUGGAGAUUUGUGUAUAUGUUACAAACUUCUGAAGAACAGUGCGAGGCAGCAUGGUUAGAAUGUCAGACUAGGUUCAGGAAGACCUGAGUUCAAAACCUCAUUCAUUAUACGUAUAGUCUUGAGCCAGCUGCUAUCUCUCAACCUAACCUCCCUCACAAGGUUGUUGUGAGGAUAAGAAGAGGGGCAGGAAGACCAGCGUAUGCUGGCCUGAGCUUCUUAGUUGAAGGUUAUAAAUGUAAUAAGUACAUAAACUGUGGUCUGAUAUCUGAGUUGUCAAAGGGAUGGGGAAUGGUACAUUUAUUGUCACUGACCUCCUAGGAGAGCUUCCGCAAUUUGCAUCAUGUCUCUAACCCUAACCCUAACCUUAAAUUUCCCUUCCUUUCUCCAACUUCUCAAGGAUGUCAUUGUUACAAAGGCAAGAAGUGCCUUCCUCCAAGUGCUUGCUACCAAGUUUAUACUUGUUUUAUCUCUACAUUUAAGGGUUGUGGCUCAGGGGGUAGAAGAUCAGCUUAUUGAGCUAGGUAGACCAAUGGUCUGACGUGUUAUAUAAGGCAGUUUCCUAUGUUCCUACAUACUCAACAGCCAUUUAAAAAAUAUUCAGACAAAUGACCAUUUUUCCUGUGUGUGAGUGAGUGAGAGAGAGAGAGGAUAUAACCAACCACUACAACAAGUUUUAUUAUACUAUGACAGACCCAGUACAAUCAAAUUAAAACACCAAAAUCAUACAGUUUCUAAUAUUCACUGAUUUAAAAUACUGUAUAUGGUACAAUGAAAACAAAUCAAGAUACCAAGUAAACUGAAACAAUCCCUUUAUGGUUCUCUGCAGCAGAAAAUAGAGAUCUUCCAUUCCAAAUUGUUCCAUGACAUUAUUUUGUUUGUGUUAGCCAAUAAAUAGGUAGCCCAAAUACCAUUCACAGGUACUUCCUGGGUAUUUUAGUAGGAUGGGAGUAGAUAAUUAAUUCUCCUCAUCUCUAUGAGAAUAUAAUGAUGAUAGCAGCUAGGACCUUAAAAUGGUCUGAGGCCUGAGUCCAGCACUCUCUCUGCCUUUAGGGGCAAUGCUAGAGCACCUCAUGGACACCCACACAGUUGUCAUGCAUAGGUGGGGAGCUUCACUGUAGCCCGUGAGUGACAGACAUUUUAAAAAACCCACCGUCCAUUUUUUCUUCUGCCUUUUAAAUCCAGAGUUGGAAUCUGGAGUCCACAUUGACACUGGAUAUGACUGUGUGGGUUAAAGAAGAUUGCCAGCCUCUCCACGCAUGUGGAGAAGGUUCUCUGAAGCUUUCUUUGUGUCUUCAUUUUAGCAUUUGAAUUUGUGGUUUUUUAAUUGGAAUUUGGGGAAUAGGGGUUUUGUUGUUUCUACUAUGCUAAACUCAUGGCCACAACAAUGGAUUUGUAUAGAUUAGCCUUAACUACAGGAAUUCUGUAAGGAAAUCUGGCCGCAUGAAAUCCAAGUUGCCGUUGAGCUAUCGUAUGGCUUGCUCCCUCCGCCCCCUUAUUCCCUUUUCUAAAAUUCUACACUGCAGGAUAAUCUAUUAAUUCCAAAUAUGCUGAAAAAGAAAGGAGCAAUAAAAAUUUCUUGAAUGCUUCUGUGGGGAAAACAGUUUUCUCUUAAUGUCAAGCAAGACAAUAAGCAGGAGCAUUCUAAGCUUGGCUGCUGAUAAAUUGGAUUGACAAAACAGACAUGAAAGGCAGUUGGCCUACUUUCCUGACUCAUGUUAUUGUUCUGCAAGUCAGGGCAUGAAAAUUGCUGAGUUAUGAAGCUAAAAAGAUUGGGAAAAGGCAUUAUUCAUGCUGAAGAGAUUAGCAGUAGUACCCAUAUUCAGAAUUGUACUUAACUAAUUUCCAUCCUGUCCUUUCUCUGAGGGGCUCAGAAAGGUAUAUAUGGGGCUGUCCUAUUCUGUCCUCUCAAAAACCCUGUAUAGGUUAUUCUGCAACAGACACUUCGGUUGAGCAGAGAUUUGAAUCCAGAUCUCCCCCUUUCAAAUCAAGCACUCUGUCCAUUAUAACUCACAUCUGAAGUGAUUACUAGAACAUACUAGCACAGAGCACUGAAUUCAAAAUAAGAAUUAAGCAGACAACCUAAAUUAACAAAAACAGCUAAACAUAUUAUAGCUACACACAGGUCUGCUGCCUGAGUUAAUGGAAACAUAGGCAGUUUCCUAAAGUUUACUAUGAUUCCCUUUGCUUUCUGGGUGCCCUUUCGUUGUUGUUGUUGUUGUUGCUGCUGUUGAUUAAAUGAACUGGUAACCUAAGUUUGUAAUCCUAUACCCUUUUUGCCUGGGAGUAACUACCACUGAACUAAGUGGUGCUUAUUUUUGAGUAGGCAUGUAUAGAUUUGCACAAUAAGACUGUUCAUACAUUUCCCAUCUCAUAUUUGUACCUGACUCAGUACAAUGUCCUGCAGAUUUUAGCUAACUUUUUUUUUUUAAAGCAGCAAGGGGAAAAAAUAACUAUAUUUUCCUUGUUUUCUCCAAUUCUGCGGCUCUUCUUUCAUUCUCAGAUUAUGAGCGGCCAUUUAUCAAUAAACCAGAGGCUCUUCUUAUCUACAAGAAGGAGAAUAUCUGGGUCCCAUGCCUGGUAUCUAUUCCAGACCUUAACAUCACUUUGCUCUCGGUAAGAAAUCUCCUGUGGGAUGACUCAGGAAUCUGCCUUAUUUCAGUCUGAAGGGGAACAGAGAAAACACCUGGGGUGUGUAUGUGUGAAAGAAAAACAGAAAAGAAAGAAACCCACUAAAGGUGUUGUCCUUGCAAAUCUGGAUGAAAUCCCUGGAUGUAACCCCUGUGGAUGUUUCCCGGUAACAGUUGUGGUCCCCCCAUUUUGGAUUCCCUUGCACUGUUGAUUUCAGAGUCCCUUCAGAUUGCUCUGAAACAGGGAUGGGAAACCUGCCGCCCUCCAACUCUCAUCAGCUCCAGCCAGUAUGGCAAAUGGUCAGGGGGAGGAUGAGAACUGCAGUACCAACAACAUUACAGAUUACCCAUUCCUACUCUACAGUGUUAAUGAUCUUCUCUGAAGAGAUACUCCAGCAUUAUAAUAUAUUAUAAUCUGGAGAAGGAAGUGGCACUCCUAGGGAGGGGAGGAAAAUGUUUCAUAUAUAUAUUCAGUUCUCUCUAAGGCUUCAUUUUCUGGCACACCAGCAUCAAUUUAUGCAGUUCUCCUUUUCUGGGGGAUCGUGCUCCACUUUCUGCAGGCUGUGAGAACCAUUUCACAUGCAUUGUUCCACCAAGUAUACACUUUUCUGGGAGAUGCAUCCAAUCAUAGCCCCUCAUGUUUGUACCUGUAUGAUGCAUGUUUUUGAAAAUACAUCUUUGCUUACAUUUUAUAGUUUUAAAACCUAUUUGGUGCACACCCAAAUAUAGUAUGUGAAGCAGCCCUUUGCUAAAAUGCAUAAGCUGCAAUCUUUUAAGGGGUUUCCCAGUUCUUAACAAUGCUUGAAAUCCUAUAAGAGUCAUGGGAAACUAUGGAAAGGACCAGUACACUGCUUCAUCUGCUGCUGUAUUUACACUUCUCAUGAAAUGCAAAGAGAAACAUUAGUCCUGGGAGGCCAGAACCAAUUUCCGUAUCUGAGGGAAAUGGCAGCCUGUGCACAGUGUAACCUCACCAGUGUCGUAAAUUCAUGCCUUGUGUUUCUAGCCAUGUAGUUCAGUCUCCUUCACUCUUUGGGCAAGCUGUCCUCUCAGCCAUUUUUCUUGCCUCUUCCUCUCCUAGAAUCGCAACAGUCGCAUGACCAAAGCUUCAUUGGAAGUGCAUUUGGAUUUAUGUUGGGGGUGUCAGUAGAAAAAGGCCACAACCUCCCCACCCCCCACAAAAAAACCCCACAGGGUCACAUACUGUAACAGAAAGCUGUCUAUAAGUUUGGAGGGAUUUCCCCACUCCGUCAGGUGUGAAAUAUUGGAACUGGUCUUGAAUAGCAAUUCAAAGAAAUGGAGGAUGCAGCAGUAAUGAUAUCACCCUGCACGUCUCUUUAAAAAUAUUUUAUCUGUUUCUAGACAACCUCUCCCAUAUAUCCAGACGGGAAGAACAUUCUUUGGGACAACAAAAAAGGAAUGCUGGUCCCCACUCACCUGAUCAAGGACUCCUUGUUUGUUGAGUGCGAAACUUUCAUUGAUAUGAAGCCCCGCAAAUCAAGUUUCUUCCUUGUCCACAUUGCAGGUGAAUUUUGGAACAGAGUCAGUCACUGUGACAAUCAACCUCUUAAAAGUGCUCAGGCAGUACGACAACCAUUUUUCACGCAUGAGGCUUCCAGCCAUUCUUGCUGCAGUCCCUUUGUAAUGUGAUUAUGAAACCUGCUAUGGCCAGAAGGCUUGUUUUGUAUUAUAGAUGCCUCUGGUUUGCCUGCUACAUCAUCAACAGACAGCUUCAAUUGUCAUGCCCAUGACUUCAAGCCAUAAUUGAGGGAUUGAUUUAGAAGGUGAGGAAGGCUCCAGGCACUAGUUCUGGACCUAAUCACCCAGACAAUCGCCUCCAGUUCCCUCUGAGCCAUAGGCCCCAAUGGCAGCACAACUGCCCUUACUCUUAAGGGCUUAUUAGUUUCCAUGCCUGAUCAAGAUGCCACUAGAUGUGGAUAGGCAUUGGCUGAGUAGUGCAUCACUCCAGGAACAGGCAUGUCCCUUUAAACUUCUCCAUCCAUCUCAGUGAGGGCAGAACCUGGCAACCAAGUCAAAGGUAGGAGACUUGGAUGGGUUUCAGCCAUUAUCAGAACAAGUAGUCACUGCAGAGCUGUCUGAGGUGCUGCUACUCCAACAUGACCUCGCCCCGCCCAUAAGUCUGAUAGAUGCAUGUUUGUGCCUAAGUACAAUUGUGAAAAUGCUAAAUCUUACAUAUUAAAAACCAAAACACACAUGCAUUCACAGUCUUGGGAACAGGCAACCUGUGGCAUCAGAGAACAUUUCAGAAUAAGGUAGGAUGACGUGAAAUGAAAUGAAAGUUUAAAAAUAAGGAAGCAAAAUAAGCAAUGUCUGGGUGCAAAUAAACCCUCACAUUCUAUCUGUGCUAUCUACAAUGGCAGUCAUCAUUACCCCUUCAAAUGGCCACAUAUUCCUUGUUCAAAAUGCACUUUUUGAUAUGGCACACCCUCAUUCCUAUUCCCUUCAUAUAUCUUGCUAUAUUCUGUAGGAUGUCAAUUGACAGUUGAAUAAGGAAGUAAUCAACAAACUUUAAGGUAGGGGGUUUGACCAUCCACAACCACAGUAGUUUGAUAACACAGACAAAUGGCUACAGAAUUAAGCAAAUAUAUGGUGGGGGGCAUCUUAGACCAAUGAGCCUGUGUUGUGUGGUUUGAUUUUAUUUUUUAUAAAUUUGUUACAAUUUUGUAGCAAGAGUUCUGUUCCCCCCCGAAGGAAAAACUGUAUUUGUUUAAGUAGUUGCCUUACUUUUACACCAGGGAAUGAACUUUAUGACAUCCAGUUGUUUCCAAGGAAGGCCAUGGAGCUUCUAGUGGGAGAAAAACUGUAUCUCAACUGUACAGUAUGGGCUGAGUUUAAUUCGGGAGUUGAUUUCCAGUGGGAUUACCCUGCGAAACAGGUAGGAAUUGACAUUAUCUUAUUCAGUUUUGCUUCUAUGAAUGGUUUGUGUGCACUGCUUUUAAUUUUGGAUCCAUGGAGUGGAAGCGGAACACACACACACACACACACACACACACACACACUCCAAUUCAUGCAUAGUUGACAGACCUAAUUACACUGGUAUAGUCACAUCUGAUGUUCCUUGUACUCUCUGCCUUGUUACUUGCAGCCUUCCUUUCCCCCUAAAUUUGCUCCCUGCAGGGAAAAAAUGAAAUAGCAAUGACUUCCCGAGUACAUGCCAAUUCAAUCCAGUUUGGGGUAUGUUUGCGUUCACAAUAUCCCUGACACCUCCAUCACUGCUGGGAUGGGCUGCAGCUCUCUGGCACAGCAUCUGCUGUGCAUGCAGAAGAUCCAUGGCAUCUCUAGGUAGGGCUGUGAAUUGCCCCCUGCCUGAAACCCUGGAGAGAUACUGUCAGUCAGUGUAGACAGUACUGAGCUGGAGGAAGCAAUGGUUCUAACUCGGUGAAAGGCAGCUUUCUGUGUCACAACAGCCCUACUCAUAUGUUUAAAAGAAUGGGCGUAGAGAAAGACGUGUAUGCCAGCCCUGCCCCAAAGGUCACUGUCCCCGUAGGCUCCAUCCCCAACAUUUCUGGAACAUUUUGCUGAGCAGGCUAAAUGAGAUCAAAGGUUUACCAAGAAAGAUGUAGAGGGAGGCUCCUGUGCAGGAGUUUCUUUGGGGAAGCAAGUUAGGGUGACAGAGAAAAGAGACUUGCCUCCUCCAAGUCACAGUGAAAGUCUUUGCUCCCAUAUUGACCCACCUUGUAGACUUACCUAGGCUUGUCUUCAUCACUCCUUUUUCUUCUUGACUCCUUAUCUGGGAGUUAUAUGUGUUUGCAGAGGUGUUCACACUUCACAUCCACACAGUUGUGCAACACCUCAUAUGUCUGGAAGUUCUUCUAUGCAUGCACAAAAUAUCCCUCCACACAGCAAGCUAACAUGUCAGGGGAAAACUUUUUAGCCAAAAACUCUCCUUGAAAUGGUGGUUUCCCUAUAUACAAAGAAUUCUCUUGUAUGAAGGAACAUCCAAUCAUCUGAGCAAGUUGAUGUGGUUUAGCCCAGAUACAAUUUUACUUUACCAGCUGGGAUUAGGCUUUUGACUACUCUGUCACCCCCUUUUAAAAUCAGCCUUCUCCAACCUGGUGCCCUCUGGGUAUUGUUUGACUACAACUUCCAACAUCCCUGACUGUUUGCAUUCUGGCUGGGGUUGAUGUGAGUAGUCCAAAGUACCAGGAGGGCACCAGGUUGGGGAAGCCUGCUGCAGUGGGGAGGGCAUCCUAAUAUUUCCUAAUAUCUUAUAUGUUUAUUCCUUUCCUUCUGUUGCCUUCUUCUGGCAGAUGAACCGGAAAGUCACAGAACUGCCUGAGAGGCGCUCCCAGCAGACACACACUGAACUUUCUAGCAUCCUGAUCAUCCAAAAUGUGAGCCUACAAGACCUGGGAAAAUAUACAUGCAAGGCUAGCAAUGGGGAGCAAGACUUGAAGGAGAGCAUAGAUGUCAUCGUACAUGGUAAAAACCAUUAACUCAGGAUAAGAAAACCUUGUAGGUGCUUCUGGUGUGUUAGCAUGGUGGCAAACAGUUUAAAGGCAGCUGGUGUCCUUUGUGAAACAGUGGAGAAGAUCAGAUAAGAUAAAGGAAGCAGUGGAAAACUUCCUGUGAAGACUGACCUUUUGUCCUCUGUUCCCUGCCAUAUGAAAACAUGUGUGUGUGUGUGUGUGUGUGUGUGUGUGUGUAAGUGUGUGUGUAAGUGUGUAAGAAAGAGAGAGAUUAUUAUGUGACACACCAUGUUCUCUAGGAUUAUGGCAUGACAGGGCAAAGAUCCAAUGCUCCUGCUAAACAACAGCAAAUGAUAUGUUCCCAGGAGUAAGCUGACAUGAUUCUGAGUUAAGUCAUGGUGGUAACCAGUACUGAUACCAAACUCCAUAUUAUCACUGAGAUGUCAGAACAGAUGUUCCCUUUUUCUCUCUCUAAGGACUGCCUUUUUUAUAGCAGCUGAAACUGUCCACUUGCCCUCCUUAUGCCUAUGUCAUUCUAUAGGUAGUAACUAUAAACUAACCACCACCCAUACAAAGAAAACUUUUACUUGAGCUGAAAAGUUCUGGCAAAAGUAGCGGUAAGUGUUAGUUAAAAUCUCCAUCCAAUGCAAGGUUAUUUGCAGGAUAAGGCAUGGUAGCAUUGUCAACAUUUAAGAAAGACAGGUCCCUGUACCUUCACGGAGCAAACUGUGAAUCAGUGUGAACAACUGUUCUCAUGUCUGCACAAAUUCAGGGAUACACAGAUUCAGUAUCUAAUGGGCAUCUGUGCAUACGUGAUGUUUAUUUCCAAGCAGUGCAUACUUCUACAAUGUGUAUGGAUUAAUGCUAUCUAAUCUCUGCUGUAGCUCCAGCAUGAUCAUCUCACAGCUUUCACCCUGCUUUCUUCUUCUUCUCUCUUAUCUAUCUGGUUUUCACAGAGAAACCCUUCAUCAAUGUGGAGUGGAGGAAGGGUCCAGUGAUUGAAGCAACAGCAGGAGAUGAAAUGGCGAAGCUGCCGGUGAAAGUGGUUGCCUACCCCCAGCCUGAGUUCCAGUGGUAAUGCACUCCCCCUCUUAGCAUAUAGGCUUAGCAGUCUUCAGGGUUGACCUUUGUAGAGAAGGGGAAAAGAGGAGGAGAAAGGCCCCUGUCUUGCUGAAAUCGAUUUUGUGAGAGGAGUGACACUGCCCUCCCACACGGCUUGAGGGUUCUGAUUUGGAGGUCUGUUUCAAAACCUGAGCGAUUCUUCUUGACUUCUGUGAUUCUUAAGCUUGACUCAUUACCCAGCAUUUUAACAUUGUAUAGCAAAGCAGGCUAUUCUUUUCACUGGAGACAUAAAAAUUCUUCCUCGUCUUUUCUCCAGAGUUCUGGCAGACGUUAGAGGCAGGGAGAAACAAUCUUUCUCAUCAUUCGCUUUGUUGGCAAACGCACGCCACACAAACACACAAAUGUUCUCCACCCACACUCAAGUGCUGUCUCACAUUCCCUGUGGCUAUGUAAACACCUGUUAACACUUUCAGAAAGCCGAGGCCCUUCUGACUAAGGGAAAGUCAUGGAAUCUGGUACUGAGGUGGCAAGUGUUUGGGUCUAGACUUGCACCUCAGUCCCAGUCAGAGGGGAUGAUAGCUGAGCUCCCUGGGGGUGCCACAUAUAUCCUGAUCUCAUUCUGAUCAGCCAGCUGGUGACACGAUAGCAAGGAAAGCGGAGUUAGGGAAGUGGAUUUCAUCUCUCACUUCAUUCUGUCAUAUCAGCUUGUGCUGUGUGUAAAAUUAUAAGUAGUAUAAGCCCUUCACUUCAGCCCCUUGCUCAGCUAUGUAGCAAUGACUUGCCAUAAAUGGCACUUUUGCAAGAUGCCACAAGGCAGUGAAGUGUCACUUCAUAAGGGCAGGACACGCCUGUCAUUUUAAAUUUCUCUCCUCCCCCCCCCUUUUUUCCAAUCUCACAGUCAGUUCUCCAUACUUCCAUUUCAGUUUACAAUUUAAAAAAAAAUUCUCAUGAAAAUUUAUCAGAAUUUUAGUAUGCACUUCUCAUAUGUACAUUUUUGUAUGCAAUUUUACCUAUUAAACAGAAUUUUGCAAGUGAUUUUUGGUAACAUUUUUGGAUGUUAUCUUCACUAACGUAUGUAUUUUUAAAUGCACAUAUUUACCCUUGCAUAUACAUUUUAAAAAAACAUUCUUUGGUUUGAUAAUGCAUUGCAAAAUUUGGAGAAGUGUGGAUUUUGAGGAAAAGCUGUGUUUUGGGAUCUUGUAUUGUUUUGAGAAAUGCAAAUUAAGUAAUUUGACAUUACAUUGCAAACCUAAUUUCCCCUGCAUUUUAUACAUCUGAAUUUUGCCUUGGGUGGUUGUCAGUGUUUUCCCUUUGGCUAGAAAACGCAGCAAGCAGAAGGGGAGGAAUUCGUGAGAGGUCUCCCUUUGAGGAAGUGCCUCCUGCCAUGGACUGAAGCCCUGUGACUGCCUUUUGGGAGGAACGUGCUAAUCCACACACACAUACACCUCUCUCUUUCUCUCUCUGCUUCUGCCCAGGUUUAAGGAUGGAAGGUUAAUUUCCAACAGGCAGUCUCAAUAUUCCCUGCAGAUCAAGGAUGUGGCAGAGCAGAACUCUGGCUCCUACACGUUGGUUCUGAAGAACGGGCCGGCUGGACUGGAGAAGAGCAUUAGUCUCCAGCUGGUGGUCAAUGGUAAGGAGGUUGGACUAAUGGGAGAGGAAUGUCCUGAAACCCUGUGCAGUUCGACAGAUGUUUGUACCUGAUGUCAUUUGGCCUUGUGUGGCUGUUUAUUUUAACAAGUCCGUGCUAUAGAGGAUGAAGUCCUCUUCAUCCUUUGCCCCCCCCCCCGCCCCAGUCCAAAUUGGCCCCAUGUGCAUCCUAUUCACAAUGGGAGGGGAGCUGUCAUUGGCAAGAGGGGAGCUGGCUCUGUCUGGGAACAUGGCAAGGGCAAAAGGGCUGGAACCCUUCUUCUCCCCACACAAGGCUGAACAAUGAGGAUGACAUUGCAUCUAGAAUGACUCCUUAUCGGUUUGUGUUAUCCUUCCCCCUCUGGGACUUCUCUGUCCUUUCAGAUCAGAAAGUUAUAAAAUGAAUGCCUCUGGGUCAAUUUUUUUUAAUAAAAAAAUAAAAUAUAAUAUGAUGAGUAGGGCAAGGAAAGAGUGUCAGGUUUGGAAUGGGGGGACCCUCUGUUCAAUUACCGUUUCCGACUGCACAUAAUGGCAGCAGAUCCAUGUAUUAGGAUUUAAUUGCCACAAAAAUCCCUAUAUAAAAAGGUUUAGUGCAGGCAGGUGGGAGAAACUGAAAUCUUCUCCCACCCCCAUCUUCCCACCCCCACUGACACUGCAUUCUAAACAAAGUUCUCUUUCAUUGGGGCUAUGUUACCAUUGCCAAGGAAAGGCUAAAAGGUAAUUUGGAGGUGGGAAAAACAAUUUCACUUCUCUCCCCCCCCCCCAUCCUGCACAUUAAAUCCCCCCUCCCCACCCUUCUCUGCUUUGUAUGGAUUCAGCACCACUAGUCUGGGUCACAUUGUAUUUGGCCAGGGGUAGGCAACCUAAGGCCUGGGGGCCGGAUGCGGCCCAAUUGCCUUCUCAAUCCGGCGCGCGGAUGGUCCGGGAAUCAGCGUGUUUUUACACGAGUAGAAUGUGUCCUUUUAUUUAAAAUUUAUCUCUGGGUUAUUUGUGGGGCAUGGGAAUUCGUUCAUUUUUUAAAAUCAAAAUAUAGUCCAGCCCACCACAUGGUCUGAGGGACGGUGGACUGGCCCACGGCUGAAAAAGGUUACUGACCCCUGUAUUUGGCCCUCAAUAGCAGCACAUAGAAGAGUGAAAUGUGGGAGGGGUAUGAGGAGUAAAAUUGGGGGGGGGGGUCUCAUUCAGGCUACCAAAGGAUCUGCAGUCUUCUGACUCCAUGAUGUCAAUGCAGAAGAACGAAUUGCAAUAAGUGAGUUUUCCUGGAGCUAAUCCAGCAUCCCUAACACGCCUGGCAGUCACAUCACUGUAGUGUUUAUAGAGGAAGAAAAUAACUUCCCAGUGUUUUAAAAUAGGAUUGGGCAGAAGGUAGAUUGGGAUCUAAUGGCAGACCUUUGGAUGAUUUGCAGUAGAUCAGCAAGGGCUUCUGAUUCCCAGCUGUCUAACAAUAGCAACAGUUUAAACUCUGCACACCCUCACCCCCAUGCACCAAAUUAGGUAAAAAAGAACACCAGGAGCACGAUUCUCCUAACAAUCCCUGUCAGCAGAAGCCCUGAACAAGGACUUUUGCCUGUGCAAUGGGACUUCCCCACCUCUCCUCCCACCCACCAUGAACUUGGUUCAGAGGGGGCUGGAGAACUCCAAGAACAGCACACUGAGGGAGAAGAGGGGGGUCAUUCGGCAAGCUGAAAUGCUUGCACAUUUGGAAGUCUAUAAUAGUGCAGUAUUGAAUUCCACCCAAUGAAUGGGUGUUUUGUGUGAAGGACUUGUGAGCUUGGUUAUGGGAACUGCUCAUUCAUUCCUAGACUGAGCAUGUGCUCAGAGGCUUCUUGUUUCUUAAUUCUGAACUUACAUCCACCUACCUGAUCCACUAAUUUGCACCUGGUUCUGGUUGGUGGUCCGUGAAGUUGUAGUAGAAAACAAAGUAGAUCUCGCAAGCCUGACGCCCACCCAGCCGUACUCUAAAUGCACCUAUAACUUAAGCUCAGGUCAUUUUAUCCAUUGCAUUUAGUAGAUAAUUUCUUAAAUGAGAGGUGUGCCAGGUAAUUGUACAUUACCUGCUGGUAGUUCAGCAUUUGCUUGCUCUCCUGUAACAGUUGCCCUCAAGCAAUGAUGUGUCAUUCUCUUCCUCAAAACAAUGACUUCCAACAGGGGCAGGGAAAGACCAACGUACACUGCCUCCAUAGUGCUAUCCUGCUUAAUAGAAGGCAGCACCAGCAUUGGCCUGUGGGGUGGGGUGGAGCCACAGAUCCACCCUCACAAUGCCAGCAUCACUUACAUUGCACCUUACCUGUAUGGAACCUCCCCACCCCUUCUCCACUCUCACCUGGUAAGCAGCAACAACCUUGCUGCUGGGAAGCUAGUGUUGCAACUCCACUCCAUUGGGUGAGGCACUUUUGGACAGAACAUGGCACUGGUGAGGUUGAGGCUGUACAGGAGCACCAGCUGAGCCAAUCAGGUGAUCCCACCCUGACAUUGCUACCCCACUCCAGCCCUGCCCAGGUAAGCUGCAGUGACAUCAGUGCUGCUGGGACCUAGAGCAAUUCUAAGGGAGAGGAAGGAGUAUAAUUACUACUACUACACAGCAGCAACACGAGGUUGGGAGGGGAGGGAGAAGAUUGAGGGAGAUAGUGUGGGUGAGGAUUGGCAGAGAGAGCAGCAGAGGCAACCUUCCCAGAACAGUUAUUAUUUACAAGGCUGAUACAUCAACAUUCUUCUUAUUUCAGUUCCUCCACAAAUCCAUGAGAAAGAAGCAACUUCAUCCAACAUCUAUUCCCGUAAAAGCCGACAGGUGCUCACCUGCACUGUGUAUGGCAUCCCAGCACCAGAGAAGAUCCAGUGGCAGUGGAGGCCUUGGACACCCUGCCCAAUGUUCUCCCGUCACAAUCUGUAAGUAACUGGCCUCCUUUGAUCUUUGCCGUCUUCUUAAGGCUGCAGCAAGGGAGGAAGACCUUGGCAUGCUUCUUCAUGCAAAUGCAUAUGAGAUGGUCACCGCAAGAGGGUCACUAGGGAUGUGCAUCGGAUGAAUGCCAAAGCGGGCUGCUUUGGACAGAUUUCAGGCAUCUCCGAGCUAAAGUGGCAUCUCUUCAGUAUGCCCCAAACCGAAGUGGGAUUUGGGGCACUUCAGUUAUUUGGAUAUUUAAAAUGUUGCUGGUUAUGUUGUAGAGGUGUCCCUAGGAAAGUAUGCCAUUUUCAUAAUAAAAUAGUUGCCCACAAAACCAGAGGGAGAGAAGCAAAUCCCUUUUAGUUCUCCCCAUCCUCAAAAAGCACCCAGCACAAAAAACAUUUUGUAUUUUGGCAGGUUUCUUACAAAGAGGGGGCUGUCUAGUGGAUGCUAUUUUGUAUGCUAUUUUGCAUACAAAAUAAGAGGGGAGCUUAAGUGAUUUGUUUUUUGACCAUCCUAAAAUGGAAAAGCCUGCCCUUGCAGGAAAACCACUAUGGCUAGAUUAAAAGUGCCAGAGUGCAUCCUCUCAGAAAAGGCAAACAAGAGAGCAAAUUUCAUACACUUCUGCCAAAAGGUAAAAUAAUUGUAGACAAUUCUGGUUUUGUUUUUAAAGGUGCCUAGUACAAAAACUAAUGGAACUAUUUCUCUGUAAUUUGGCAGGCUUUAUCCACUAAGCCUUGAAAUUUAAUGCAAGUCCAUUAAAAAUGAAACUGUUUUUUGUUUUCCUAUUUGUUCCUUGCAAAUUUGGAUUUGGACCCAAACCAAAAUGGGUAGCCUCUGUGUUGCUGUUGCUGUUGCUAGCUGUUACUUGUUGUUGCUGCUGCUGUUACUUACCUGCCCUUCACUUUAAGGUGCCGGGACAGGCUACAACAAUUAAAACACAAUGUUAAAAAUGGAUUAAAACAACAUACAGUAACAGAAAUGAAGCCACUUGUGUGGAGUGGCUUCUUGCACUUACAGGACAAUAUUUCUCCACACUGCCUUUUGGAGAACAUUUGUAGUGGCAUGGAGAGUGGUGUGAGUACCUGUCCAUUUGAAGGGCAUGCCAUAAAUAAUGUUAGCCAGGAGCUAAAUGCAGCCUGUUCCUUCACUUUAAAACCUAUGAAUAAGACCUAAUUCAAAUGUCAUGAUAAGCUGGUAUUAUCACCUUGAUCUCAGAGAGGUAGUGUUGUCCAACAUUUGUAGGUGAAAGUAUAAAUGGUGGUCCUUGUGCAAGAGCAUCAGUUUUUUAUUCAUAUGAGUGGAGUAGACAAUGAGGUUUACCCUCCUGCCUGCAUCUUCUAGUCCCAAGAGAGGGGGCUAUUCAUUUGGCCCACAAAAUGCUCCCUCCUUAUGGGUGUGACUGGAGUGGCAUGAAACCUGACUACUGGAAAAGAGAUUCCAUGCUUCUCUAGCAACUAAUUGUGCCAUGGGGGUGCAUUUUAGAUUUCUCAUGGAGCAACACGAAGGAGCAGGGUUAAGAGCAGGGGUUUAGGCAGGUUUUUCUUCUGGUGUUGAAUAUGUAAAAAAGUUGCUGAUUACUCCUGCAUAGAAUUAUCCUGCUAGUGCUUUUUCUUUGAUUUCUCUGGCCACUGAGGGCUGAACUAUUGGCUUAAGUCCAAACUAGGCAUGAUGUGGGAGAUUCAAGAACUGGAUGUCUCAUUUUUCCAAAGAAAGACAAGCAGCUACAGAGGGCUCAUAUUUGGAUUGAAACUGCUGUGUUUGGGAAGGGAGAACAUAGCAGUACUGUAUGGGUAGAUGUACAUUUUUGCCCUCAGAGUUGAUUUAAAUCAGGGAAAUGUAAUGUAGGCACAGGGGUGUUAAAAAGCAAAACAAAUAAUUUCCCCACAACAUGGCAGUGACAAUCUGAAUGAGGGACCCUGUGGCUACUUCUAAACAUUUUUAAAAGCUGGGGAACCUGAGCCCAUAACUCCUGCAUCAGUUUCAAGUUUGGCCCUUGGUGUCUGAAAACUGGUUAGGAUCUAGGCCCAGUUUAAAGUGGAGCUGAGAAGCAAUCGUUCACAAACAUGAACAGGCCAGCAGCUGCAUGAAAAGGCAAUUUGUAAAGUGGACUCAACUCAGCCAUUUGACAGAAAAAGAACAAGAAAUGCAGUGGUCUAACAUGAAGAAUCGCCUAUAAAUAAGUGGCUCUUCAGUCUUCACAGACAUCUAUCAAACCAAAGGCUGCUUUGCCUGGUGUAGUUUGCACCAUCUUAGGAAGCUGUAGAGAUUUGUUACCCUCUUCAAGAGAUUUGUUUCUGAGCAUGCUAGUGGCAGAACUCAAAACUUGCCUGCUGCUUGUCUGCAGGGACAAUGCAGGCAGAAAUUAUUACAUUGGCAGAGUUGUGAGGUUUUCAAUGUGUGUGGGUUUUUCCUGCAGAAAAUUUAUGUAGCUGCCAGAAAAUGUCUAGGUAGGAAGUGGCAUCUAAGGCGUUUAACACUCUGUUUAACAGAAACAGACUUAGAAAGAUCGAUGGGAGUCUGAUACAAAGUUUUACAAAGAUGUGUUUCAAUGCCCUUGUUGCUUACCAGAACAAUAUCUCAGAAAAACAAAUCUAUAUGAGUACUGCUGUAUACCGUAAUUCAUCCACCUCAGAAGGUUCUAGUAGUGCUAAUAGAUAAAGGGUUUUUUUUAAUAGUCAGAAUGCAGAGUGAGAUGAUCCAGUGGUUGUUGAAAAUAAAACUAGAUAAGAAUAUCUUUGUUGGUGCAAGUGUUGGUGCAAUGAAAAAAGGGGUAUACUGUAUAAAGAAUUCCCUAGAUGCCAAAAUCCAGGUUUGGGGCAAGUACAGAAAAAGUUGCCCAGGCAGUAAAGCCUGGAUUAGUUACAGUGGUGAAAGUUCCCAAAUUAUUGGUAUAGGAACUCAAUAAUUGUUAGAGCCAUGCGGCUUGUUACAGCCAUGUGGCUAAGUUGGAGCAACCAGCUUAGCCUCUUCACAUGCUGAGCUUCUCCCACAGACUAGGAAGAAACGACAGGCUUGAUUACCUAGUUCCUCCCAAGGUGAGGGGAAGUGGACAUAACUAAGCGUGGCAAUAAAGCUUACUCUAUGGUAUUAACCCCUUCAUGUGUUAAUUAGACUUAAGCAAGUUGGUUAUAUGAGGCUGGUUAUCCCACACAAAGAACUUAUGUUACUUCAGUAAAUUCCACAAAGACCUUGGCAGAAGCUUGAAAUAGCAAAUCUGUCAAAGUAAAGUGUGAAAGCCUGCAAAAGUGACUGAAUAGUAUGUGACCCCAGCAGUGGAAUGUACGCUCCUGCCACCUAAAUUGGGUGCAUAGGGCAUGCCCUAAGGGGGCAGGGGUGGUGGGAGCCUGCUGUGCCCGGCCAGGCACGAGAAUGCUGCCUUGGCGGCACCCCCACACAACACUGCCCAGCCGAGGAGAGGGGCAGCAACACUGCUGCUGUGACUAUCCUCCUCCUCUCCGCCUCCCAGGUCAGACCUGGCCCAGGAGCCAGAGCCAGGCCCAAUGAGGGAGUCUGGGAGGGGCACCUAGUCAUGCCCCUCUCAAAACUGUGCCCAGGGCCAUGCUCCCCACACACUACACCUCUGUGUGACCCCAAGAUCAUAUUUGAUUCAAAGUGGCAAUGAAGCUUCAGUAAAAGCUGAGUGAAUGUAGAAGUAGCAGAUACGAGCAAAUUAAAGUCAUAAGGCAGAAUGUAUGGAGCUGUUGUAAUACAUAGUGAUAGGGAGACUCAUAAAAAGUUUUGGACUCCAAGAUGCCUGUGACUACAUCAAGAAGCAGAGAGAUAAAAAAAAGCCCAUUUAGAUUGGGAGAAGAAGAAUGUGUGAGAGAAAGAGAGAACAAGAAUAUAAAAGUGGUCCACUUUGUUUCCACUGUGAGGUGGGAAACAGUUUUUGGAAACAUUAACACACAAUUGAAACAUAGGGCAGCGCCCAUUUAAUAAAUGAGAAUUUUACUGGCCUUCAGCAUUUUACCUCCAAAACAAAUCCCUUAGUGCAACGGUUCUGAGAAUGUGAAGUAGGCCUGUCUCCAAGGAAACUUGGGCAGCUUGCUAAGAAAGGCUUGAACUGCUUGUUUUCUCCCAGACUGUUUAGUAUCUGUGCUUCAACUGGGUGAGAAGCAGGGUUCUUAUUUUCCCUGUCCCAAGCAAUGUAGCCCAAAGACCUGUGGAGGCUGCAAAAAAGGUAAAGGACCCCUGACAGUUAAGUCCAGUUGCAAACGACUCUGGGGUUGGGGCGCUCAUCUUGCUUUACUGGCCGAGGGAGCCGAUUUUUGUCCACAGACAGUUUUUCCGGGUCAUGUGGCCAGAGCAGCACACGGAAACGCCAUUUACCUUCCCACUGGAGCGGUACCUAUUUAUCUACUUGCACUUUGACACGCUUUUGAACUGCUAGGUUGGCAGGAGCUGGGACUGAGCAACGGGAGCUCACCCCAUCGCAGGGAUUUGAACAGCUGAUCUUCCGAGCUGCAAGUCCUAGGCUCUGUGGUUUAGACCACAGCGCCACCUGCAUCCCUUGUGGGUGCCCCAUAAUUUUCCUUUUUCUCUUGCUGGUUGACUGGAGAAGCUUAUGGUGAUUUGCAGUGGCAUUCAGCAUGUACCAGUUUGGAAGAGGCAGUAGUUCUAGAGGUUCUUUUCCUCAUGGAGGCCCUGUUUGACCAGGUGUGAUAGGCUCUGGAUGUGGUGAAAGUAGUUGUGGAACUGCCCUUAGAAACAAGGACAAUUUAUAUGACCUCUAUCUCUGUCUGAAUGGUUAUUGUGCAGGAGACAAGCUGCCUGUUCCUUUGGGUACUGCUGGCAGGACAUUUUACAGCAAAGGUCUAUUAUUAUUGAGAAAGAAAGAUUGAAAGAGGCCUCUAAGAUAGAGAGGAAUGUGACAGGGAAGCAUUAUUGACCCAGGAGGAAGUGGGGCAUCUAUAAAAAUACUGAUGCCGUAAAUGUACUGUUUGACUGGCUGAGGAAACAAGGGCAUUUCCAGUCCCAUCAAAAUGCUUUGUGGCCUUGUCAGGAAGGAGAGGAGUUGUUGAAUUAUUAGCACUGUCUCCCAAGGCCACAAUCUUUAUGCUUAUCCCAGCUUCAGAGGAUGCAUCAUGAUUUCCUGUUGUUUAAACAGAUUCUCACUCUUGUUAUGGUACACUAAGUGUGCUAAACAUCUGUCCCCUCAUCUUCUCUAAUGAAGGCAUGUUGUUUGGGUGGAGGAGCACACUAUCUGCCAGAUGUUAAUUUGGGUGCCAGAACUAUCCAACACUCUCAGAUAUGUUUUGGGCCACCAGUUGUCUAUACCUGGUCUACUGCAUACACAGCAGUGCAGACACUUUAUCCAGGUACCACAUUGCAUUACAUUUGAACCCAACUUUCCAGCAGACACCUUCUGACACAUGUUGCAGGAUGCCACACCCUGUAGCAUACUCUCUUAACUCUCAGUCAAUGUCCCUUAGAUGCAUAUCAAUCCCCUGACCUCCCACAUUAAAAACUCUUUCAGGUUGCGUGCACACCAUAUAUUUAACAUGCGCAUCCACACAGCACGGCAUGAAGGCUAUAUUCUUCUCCUGCUUUUGCUCCCCAGACACUGGCACCCCAUAAAGUCAGGGUUCCAGGCAGCGGGAAGGGCAAGGUACAGGGAGCUUAACAGUGCAGGCAUGGCAAAGGAGCCAGUCCAAUGCUCUUGCCACACCAUCACCCUGCCUGCACCACCUUGAGCUUUCUGCACCUUACCACCCCACCAACUGCUGCUGGCUCCAUAUAACAAUCUGAUAGUUGUGGGUAUAUGAAAUAUCCUUGCAUUUUUUACCCCUUUUUAAAGCAAUCUAAGCUAGUGGUUAUCACCACAUGAAAUGGAGCGAAUUGUUCACUACAUGAAGAGAAAGUGCUUAUAAUAUUCCAUCUCUUCUGACUCUCUUGCUAUCACUGGCGAUCCUUGAUUUCUCAUACUGUGGGAGAGGGAGAACAUUUUCUCUUUAUCUGUUUUCUCUGUACCAUCUAAAGUUUUAUAAGGCCAUCUCGUGCUCCCCCUUAGCCAUUUUCCCUCUCCUCCUAAUUAUAUUAUAGGCAGCAUUGUAUGUUAAUGCCCUGUAAUCUUCCCAAUAACUUCUUUUAUUGGCAAACCAAAUCUCCUGUUUCUCUCUGUCUCUUCUUCUUUCAUGGCUUCUGGAUAAAUAGGAGUAGGAGGAGGACUGUCCGGCGCCAUCAGCGAGACCGGAUGCCCGAGUGUAAGGACUGGAAGGAUGUGUCGCAGCUGGAUGCUGUGAAUGCCAUUGAAAGCAUUGACACCUGGACAGAGUUUGUGGAAGGAAGGAACAAGGUGAGGACACAUGUUUCUCUUUGUCCUUUCUGCGUUGGAAAGAGGUAGAAGCACCUCGAGCUCAUGAGACGGAGCCUUCUCAGGCCAAAACGUUUUAGCUGAUUUUGCAACAUGAAGCCAAACUGUGAGUUGACUUCCAUCAUGUGGUCAGUUAGUUAUGCAGGUAAAUGAUUACACAUUUAGUAAUCAGUUUUUGUCUUAUCUAUACGUUUAUAUGAAAAACCAAAGCCAGUUUUGGAUAACCUGUUAAGAUCCUUACUACCAAUUAUGAUACUAGAGAGAAAAAUGAGGUAUAAAAUGUGAAGACUGACAUUACUGAAUACAUUCACAUGAAAUAAAAAAUACUUCACAAUGCAGGGGGGGGGAGGACUCAUGUACUCCUAAUAUGGCUGACGUUACUCAAAGGUUAAGAAUGCACUAGAUUUAUGUGAAUGGCACUGGCAAAUUUGGGGACAAAUGUUGUAUGAAUGUGCAAAGGAAGGAAUACUAGAGACAGUGAUAAUAAUGAUCUAAAUUUGCAUUGCUUUCAGUGAAUUCAGUACUGAAUGUAUGCUUAUUAAAUAGAGUGAUUUAAAAGGUGAACAUUAAAUUAGAAGGUAUUGUCCACUGUGGUUGUUUAAAGACAGUUCCAUGAGUCAGAGCAUGGCUUUCUUCAUAGAGGAAUGAGAUCAUCUAUGAGCAAGCUGAAUGGAAGGCAGAGUGCAGUGGAAUAUUCUAAUGCAAUGAAUGUACAGCAAUCUUCAUUCUUCAAAAUAAAUUCACUGCUGACAUCCUAUAAAUGGCUGAGGAAAUACAUGAAUUUUGAGUUAGUGCCAAAAAGACAAAAGACAUUCCAUAACUGGGGUGCCACCACAGAAGAUGCCCUACAAUAUUCAUUCCCAACUCCAUUCCAUAAGAAUAUAUAUCACAACUGUUUUUAUGACUCAGGUCAGCAUUCUGAUUAUUAAGCUACACUUUGUCCCACGUUAAGCUAUAUUCAGUGAAACUGCUGGAAAUUUAAUUUGAUGUCGCAGUGGCAGAACCACCUUGGUACUGCUAAAUAUAAGGGGUGGGUGGGAAUUGGAAUUGAGAACUUGAGGUGGAAUGGCAAGGAGAACCCUUUUCCUAUCCUUAUUUUUUGCUCCCAAACUACUGUGCUUCAGCCAUUUUUCUCCUGGUGGAAAUUUCAUAAUGCCACUCAGAGAUGGUGGGACAGCUGAGCUAGGACAUUUAAGGGGCAAAAAACAUAGGCAACAAGAGUCCAACUCUUCCUUCUUGCUCAUGCUGUGCUUUCAGUCGCCCUACUCACCUGCCCCCUACUUUCUCUCAAUUCAGCUACCAGACUCAGUGGGCCAUUAUGAACAGUUUGGCCCUGUACACUAUUCCAGUACAAAUAUGUGAAUCCAAAUGUAUGAAGUGUUGCUUUGAAGUGUGAGAGGUUCCAUUGGAUAUUACACUAUAUUUCCUUUCUGGAAUGUUUUUUUUUCUUUCUCUCCUGUCCUGAUGCAUGACUAGCUGGCAUUUAAAGGCUGUUUCUUUCCAUCCCCCCUGUAUAAAUGCCAGAGUCAUGUGUGCUUUUCUAUGACUAGUUUCCUGUUCUAGGUGACAAUGUCAGUUACCAAACACGCGUGCAUAAUAGUGAUGCAGGCUAAAGAACAAACAAAUGGUUCCCAGUUUCCUGAAGUCACUUCCUGUUUUCAUACACCCCUCCAAAAUCACUUCCUGUUCCAAUUUCAGUCAGGAGUUGGAAAGCAACAGAAAGGAUGAUGGGAAGGAGAGAGGCAUGUUUCGUGCUCUGAUUCAGGCUGUGUUAAUGGCUUAUACCAAGAGACAGUCUGUUUUCUGAACCUAUCCUAAUAAUAGACAAGUCAUAUUUGGUGAUAUUAUUUGUGAUAGUAAUUUAACAUAUAUUACAUUCACUUCUUUUACUUUCCUUUCUCUCCUUUAACCCAUUUCACCCCUGCUUUGUCCUUUAUAGGAUCCAUUGCCAUAUAUAUUUCUUUAUUCCCCCCCCCCCCCCAGUUACUAGAAGGGAAAGAAGCAUGAAUAGAAAACAUUUGUAAAUAACUUCCAAUUCUGACUCAGCCUGUCAGCCCCUCAAAUGUUUGGGUUCUGGAAAAGAGAGCCAUAACACUCCUGGAGUGGUGUCUCCAAAAGCUGUCUCGCAUUUCCAUUAUGUGAUGGCAUUUUUGCAUUUGUUUAUUUUAUUGUUGUUAGCUACCUAAAUCAUAUUCGGUGGAAAGGUGGGCUAUAUGUUUCAUAAUAUAAGUAUGCCAUUAUAAGAAAAUAGCUAGUCUUUUGGCCUUCAAAACUUUUGCUAAUGGAAUUGAUACUCAUUUUCCAGAACAUUAGGAAAGUCUCCUGUCUGUGAACAGGUCACUAGAUGCAGCUCUGGGUACCGCUAUUUAAAUUUGUUUGUUUCAUUUGAUACCAAUUCAAGUAGAGGAAGAACCCAAAGUUGCUGGUUUUUCCACUGAGCGACAGAGUGGCUCUGCUUCCUUUCUUCUUCCUCUGUGACAGUCUGAUGGAAUGGCUGCUACUAAAUGACCGCUGAUGCGGGGAGAAACCUGAUGGAGCUGGUUUCUCAGCAGAGCUAAUAGAAUGGCCCUGCUUCCCUCCUUCAUUGCAACCUGAUGGAAUGUCUGUUACAAGACAACAAAUGAGGAAUAAACUUGCCAGGGUUAAUUGAUUUCAUUUGAUGAAUGAAUUUCUAACCAGCUUUUCAGUUUACAAAAAGGAUUCCCUAGAGCACAGACUGAAAGCCUCUGCUGUGUAGUUUCUGAAAUAGAAGAAAGCAGGUCUAUGUGGAUAGGUGGAAUAGGCUUAUAACACCAGAAUAGUUAAUUUCCAAGCAUAGAUUAUAAGACAAAUUGGAGGCAAUAGGAAUUAAAUCUAGAUGAUGGAUGUUGUGCAUACCCUGCAUGGUUUUGUACUGUAGAAUUUGUUAAAUAUUAUAUUGGUUUAAUUGCACUAGCCAGCAGCUGUGUUGACAUUUUAUGGACCACUGCAUAUAUCAUUAAAGGAACUGGAGCUAUCUUUCCACAGAUGAUCUGCAAAGGUCAGCAGAGCAGAUCCAUCUUAGAGUGGGCUUGUCCACGUUUGAGCAUUACUUCGCUCUUAAUCUACCCCCCCCCCAUUCAAAUUAGGCUGGAGUAGUCUUUCCCAUUCAUACUAGCAGGCAUUCUCUUUUGCGUUUGUUGUAGCCUUCUAAUUUCUUGAUUCUAUUAUGCCAGUUAAGCACUGACAGGACACGCAUGCAGGUAGCUGUAUGUGCACCUUGGUUUUUUUUGUUGCUUCUUAACAUCUUUGCCCAAGAAGUGUGCAAAAACACACUGUCAGGCAAUCAUAAAUUUGCUUGUGCAAUUUUCUAGUUCUGUGCAAAUCUGAGGGAUCAAAAGAAUAUAUAUAUAUAUAUAUAUAUAUAUAUAUAUAUAUAUAUAUGUAGAGAGAGAGAGAGACUAAGCUCCUGACUCACUAUUACUAGGAUGCUGGAAAAGAAAUGAAAUCAAUUGUAAAAUUUCAGCAUCCACUUUUCAGAUGGCUGCCCGAUGUAAUUGGUGUAGAAAUUUUUCAUGUGUUUUGUGUAAUUUUCUGGUUUAGUGCAAAUCUAUGGGAUCAAAGGCUGGGGGUGGGUGGGGGAAUCCUGCAUUCAGGAGUGCACCAAAAACAGUUACGGGCACAGCUGGAAAAGCAAUGAAAGCACUGAGGAAGUAGCAGGCAUGGAAAGGGCAGUGGCAGAAAGUGACAAUUGAUUUACCCAUCCAAAACACACCAAAACAAAUGAUCUGCAACCCUGGAUGAAGUGGUUUGCAGCCAAAUUUUCCCCAGUUUAUCAAAGUAUCCCCGUAUUGCGUAAACCUAAAUUUACAGGGGGAAAGCCCUGAGAUUGGUGUUGUUUGAAGGUGACAUCAUGUGGACUAAGCAAAUUAAAUGGGGAUGCAAACAGUUGCAAACACACUGAACUGUAGUGUGGACAUGCCUAGUGGUCCCACCCAUACAUUUCUCAUCUGUUGCUUUUCCUAUAGUUUGCACUACAUCUGCAAUCCUCUCUUUAAACAGGGACAAAAGAUGGCAUUUGUCUGGUGUACAUCUCUUUGUUCCUGUCCUCGGCUUCUCCAAAAUUCUGUGUCAGGUCAUUAUGCACCAUCUGUUUGUGUAUGGCUACUAACCCCCUUUCAACCUACUUCCCUGUAAGCAGAAUGGCAGCACAUAAAUGAAGUUUGCUGCCCCUGAUUUAACCCUUUUUAUUGAGGGGAGUGUCUCAGUGCAACAGCAGCAUUUCAGUAGGGGAAGUGGUGAAUGGAGAUCACAGGACAAUGCUGAAUGAUAAGCAAACUAUCAGUGGAAACAAAAUGCAGAGAUAGGAGAAACUCGACAAAAAUUGAAUGGGUGGUGCAAACAUACCCUUAAAUAUUUCAUCGUGCAAUUCCCCAGAGCAUAAGAAUGAAGCUAGAGCAUCCUCUUCCUUCCUGGAAGGUUAGUAAGAAGCUGAGAAGUCUUGCGUUUCCACAUCUUAAAUGUCAUUCAUGUUGCCCAUUCUGUUUCUUUACCAGACGGUCAGCAAACUUAUCAUCCAAGAAGCCAACGUUUCUGUCAUGUACAAGUGUGCAGCCUCUAACAAAGUUGGCCGUGAUGAACGGCUCAUCUAUUUCUAUGUAACUAGUGAGUAUCAUAAAGCAUGUGGGAGGGGUGUCAAUCCUUUGUCUUUCCUUCUGACCUUCGCUCACAGACCAUUUGAAUGGUUCAUGAGUGUUUUUAAAAGCAUUACUGCCAUGAUGUGCUCACAAUCAGACAGCACUGUGUGUGUGUGUGUGUGUGUGUUUAUAUGGCCUCCUCAGGGACCGAAGAUACAGAUCACUGGAAGACAUGGACCUUUUAAUAAGGGCUAGUGGUGAAUUAAUUUUUUUUCUCAGAUUUCAAAAUCUGUACAGUUUCAGAUUAUCAGAUUUUUAAUAAUAUAGGAGUUCCCUCAAACUUUGUCAAAACGUUGAGUUUGAGGGUAAAUCUCUAACUUUGGUUCUUAUAGUUUAGUCAGUAGAGCCACACAUUUGCCACCUCAAUUUGUCUUUCAUCAUCAUGAUCAGAAUUUGAGCUUUGUAGCUGAAAGAUGAGUUUUCAAAUUGGGAUUUCACAGAAUCAUAGAAUUGUAGAGUUGGAAGGAAACCCCGAGGGUCAUCUAGUCCAACCCCCCGCAAUGCAGGUGUCUCAACUAAAGCAUCCUUAACAGAUAGCCAUCCAACCUCUGCUUUAAAACUUCCAAGGAAGAAGAAUCCACUGUCUGUCGAAGGAGACUGUUCCACUGUCAAACAGCUCUUACUGUCAUAAAGUUCUUCCAGACGCUUAGUUGGAAUCUCCUUUCUUAUAACAUGAAGCCAUUUCUUUGGGUCCUAACCUGGAGGAGGAUAAAACAAUCAUGCUCCGUCUUCCAAGUGACAGCCCUUUAGAUGUUUGAAGAUGGCUAUCAUAUCUCCUCUCACUGUCAUCUUUUCAAAGCUAAGCAUACCCAACUCCCUCAACUGUUCAUCGUAAGGCUUGGUUUCCAGGCCCUUUUGAAAAAUUCACUUUGCAGAUGUUUAUAUUUGAGCAUUCAUCGUUUCAUUUGCGAUUUCAUUUUUUCAAACUGGCUUCAUCUGUAACAAAAACAUGGGCCUCCACCUCCUUAGUACAGUCUGCAUCCAGAAUAAAAAAUAUCCACUAUAAGAUGUUAAAAAGCCAGGCUGGUUUCCACUGCAAAUAAGAGUAUGCAAGAGAUGUCCUGGAGCUAGAAAAGAGAAAAUACAAACUCAGUUCCUCUCUCAUGCUUCCUGUGAGCAGAUAUUUGCUAGUGAAGAGAUCAAAGCUCUCUUCCACGAAAAUGCUGGAGCAUGCAUUUCCCAAGUGUUCCUGGUGCAGUAGCACCCCCUAGUGCCCUGUCGCUGAAUAGACUCUCUGUGCUGUCCCAGUUUCAUUACAUAUUUAGGAAGUUGGGUUUUUGUCUCUUUAACAGAUUUCUUCAACCAAGUUUGGGACUACAACUGCCAAGUUUGGGACUACAACUCCCAGCAGCACCCAGUGGACUGUGCUAUGGAGUCAGCCUCCUGACACUGGUGUCACUUCCACUUCCCAGAGUAGAGCAGCACAGUGGCAAGGUUGGGGCUGCAUGAUCGCACCGGUGGGAGCUCCAGAGUGGCUCUGCUGGUGUGCCAACACAGCCCUGACCUUGCCACUCAUAGUAUAAUAGUAAAUCAUAGUAUAAUAGUAAAUCAUAUUAUACUAAGUCAUAGUAUAAUAGUAGUGAUUUCUUCUUAUCAGUGUUUGGAUUGUAGCUUUAUUCACUGGUGGCUUUUUCCAUUCUUCUCUGUGUGUGGACAAAGCCAAACAUUUCAUUCAGCAUAUUUGAAGCGACCAUUGUGCAUGCAUUUAAAUAAACACAUACAAGUAAGUGGUUUCUCCCAUUCCUUAACCAUACAGCAUUGAGCACAUAGAAUAGAAUUCCAUAAGCAUAGCCUGAGACUGGUAUUUCAGCUUUUGCAAUUCCGUCACACAUCUGUUUCCUUGUCUUGUUUUCCUGACAGCCAUCCCAAAUGGGUUUGAAAUUGAAUCGCAGCCUUCAGAAGAGCCCAUUGAGGGGCAAGACCUGAGACUAAGCUGCAAUGCUGACAAUUACACCUAUGAGAACCUGCAGUGGUACCGACUCAACCUUUCGACGCUGCAUGGUGAAGAGGGCAACCCGCUGGUCUUGGACUGCAAGAAUGUCCACCACUAUGCGACAAAGAUGCAAGGAGAGCUGCAUUUCAAACCCAACUCCAAUUACGCUGCUUUGACACUCACCAUUCCAAGUAUCUCACUAGAGGACGAAGGGGACUAUGUGUGCGAAGUGCAAAACAGGGAGAACAGUGAAAAGCACUGCCACAAAAGAUACAUCUCUGUGCAUGGUAAGGACCACUCUGAAAGUACUAGUCAGGUUAGUUGGCAGGACUUCAUGAUGCUGAAAGAUGUACAGUGGUGCCUCGCAAGAUGAAAUUAAUCCGUUCAGCGAGUGUCUUCGUCUAGCGGUUUUUUCGUCUUGCGAAGCAACCCUAUUAGCGGAUUAGCGCUAUUAGCGGUUUAGCGGCUAUUAAAGGCUUAGCGGCUUAGCGGCUUAGCUGCUAAAAGGCUAUUAGCGGCUUAGCGGCUUAGAAAAAGGGGGGGGAAGCGAAAAAAAAUCUCAAGACUCGCAAGACAUUUUCGUCUUGCGAAGCAAGCCCAUAGGGAAAUUCGUCCUGCGAAGCAACUCAAAAACGGAAAACCCUUUCGUCUAGCGGGUUUUCCGUCUUGCGAGGCAUUCGUCUUGCGGGGCACCACUGUAUGGAAAAGAGAAUGUGGUGGCAAUGGCUAUAGGGAAUUGCAGCCACUAGGCUGCAGCCUAGAUUGAGAUAUAAUCUUUGGGCCACAGAUUGAUCCAGAAGGCACUUCUUUUUUGGAUCAUAUAUUCUUAUUAGAAUCCUGAGACAACAUAGUUUGCAACAAAAGAAAUAACAAGGGCAGGUGCUAGCCCGAAUAGCUGGAGAAACAUCAAGAAAAGGAGAAACUUAGACUAGGCGAAAGUAAUAAUUCCAAUGCCAAAUAAAAUUAUGUCCAUUCAUAUGUCUGGUUUAUUAUUUCUGUAUUUUUAUGAGGCUGACUCAUGAUUUAAAAUAUCCAGUUUUACAAUAAUAGGGUUCAUAGUGGUCCUGAACACUCCAGGAGUCUCAUACUGGCAACAGCCGGAAUCUUGUUAAACUUCUUACUAAAAUUUCAAAUACUUUUUCAUGAUUAACAAAAUGUCCCCUGUCACAGCUGUAGUCCAGCUAUAUCAGAAUGACCAAAUGUUUCUCACCCCUGCUAUAGAGUGUUUCUUCUUUACUGUUCUGCCAAACUGUUUUUUUGUGGUUGAUCACCUUCAUUUACCAUAACGUCCCUCUUUUAGCUCUAGAGGUCCCCAGGUUGAAGCAGAACCUGUCAAACAUCUUGGUGAAUGUGAGUGAUUCCAUAGAGAUGCGCUGUAAAGUGGAUGGCACACAUAUUCCAAACAUCAGCUGGUAUAAGGAUGAGAAGCUUGUAGAAGAGGUCUCAGGUAUGGCUGGUUGAAGAUAUCUGUUGGGGAGGGAAUGAGUGGCAUAUGAAUUUUCCUGCUUCCUAGUGGAGCCUUGCAAGGCUCUGGGUUGGGAUAUUCAAAUUAAAAUUCAGGCUGGGUUGUAUGCCCAGGCAACAGUGUGUUGAUGCAUUCAGUUCAAUAACAUUCCAGGUGCCAUACCAACACAAGUACAUUGGUGUAGCCAGUGUGAUGUUGUGAACAGAGUGUUAGAUUUGUACAAGGAAAUCCCACCCAGCCAUCAAGCUCUUUGGAAGAUUUUGGAUCAGUUGCUUUCUCUCAGCUUACCCUUCCUCACAGGGUUGUUUUGAUGAUAAAAUGAGAGUGGAGAACAACUCAUGUGUGCCAGCACAAGCCUACUAGAGCAAGGGUGUAAUUAAUUAAUAAAGACUUUCCAUACUUCCUGCUUUGCUUCCUCUGUGUGCAUGUAUCUGCAAACCUAUACCAAGAGGCAUUAUCAGUUAUAGCUGUGAUUACUGCACAGGAGCAGAGCAAUUAUAAAAGUUUAUGCUACUGUAAGAUGUUUCCAAAGAACAAGUAGGCAACACAGAUGUUAUUCCUGCAGUUUGAUUUAAGCCUCCUCUUCCCCACUAAAAUAAUUACUUGCAUCUUCAUUUUAAACUUAAAUUGAAUUACAUUUAUAUGAAUUACAUUUAUAUCCUACCUUUCUUCUGUUGUGGAACCCCGGGCAGCAUACAUGUGGAAUUAUUGUGGUCACCCAUCCAGGUACUGACCAUACCCAGACCUGCUUAGCUUCAGCGUCAUGUGGCCUCAUAUACCUUCAGCCCAUCCCUUGGGAAAUAUGGGCAGCAAUCCCAAGGAACUACUUGCAUGCAUGUAAAGGAACCACAGACAAUGCUUGAGCAGUCACUUCUGUUUUUGCUACUGAAAUUCUGAUAACUAUGGGGUAGGAUAAGAUUAAACAGCUUACCUCAUCAGUUGUGUGCUUAAAAGCUACAGGAAAAUAUUUGACUACAUGGGCAGUUCCCAUUCACCAAAGUAAAUGGUGCAUUUGGAUCCCAGGUUCAUUCUACUAACCUGCAGUGGCAAACCGAUCAAUUUCAAAAUCUCUCUUAGAAAAGAUUUAUGCCAAAAAGAUCAUGGAGAAAAAAAUUUGUUCUAUGGUUUGUUACUUUACCAUUAAUGUGUGUCAUGUUAUACUCUUUGACCACUGAAAACCUCCACAAGCUUUUUCUACCUGUAUAGCCUUCAGGAGCUAUCUAACUCAUUAUUCAUAAUGAGGUGGGCUAAAAUAAAUUCCAAAAGAAAAUUGGGAAUUGUAAGAGCUGCAAAAAUUAAGAGUUGCAGAACUGUGAAUUGUAAGCCACAACCUGGGAUUUGUUUAUAUCUCCGUACUGGCACACUGCAUUUUGUGAAAACUACGUACUGCAUCUGGGGGCUACUCUUUCACAAAUAUUACUUCAUUGCUGGGGGAUGAGGCAUAUGAAAGUGACCAAGUGCUGAUUACAACAGCAUGUGGCGAGCAGUGGUGAAAAGGACUGGUCCCAGUUUGAUUUCCAUGCUCUAAUUUUAGUCCAGGCUUCUGCUUUGAACUAGGCCAAAGGCCUGAGGAUCCCAGCCCUCCCUAGACGCCACUAGUUCACACCUGAAAGCCCUUCCCCUUCUGCCUGUUUCAGGAAUUGACCUGGCAGAUUCCAAUCAGAGGCUGAGUAUCCAGAGGGUGAGAGAAGAGGAUGCUGGCCUUUACCUGUGCAGUGUCUGCAAUGCCAAGGGUUGUGUGAAUUCCUCCGCCAGUGUCUCUGUAGAAGGUACUAUUACUAACUUCAACCCCCUAAGCCUGUAGAGGGAAAUGUUAUUUGGAAAGAAAGCAAAAGAAAGAAAGAGGGAUCCCACCAGAAUAAAGACCAUGCUGAGACAACAGUACAAGAUUCAUCUUCCUUAACCCAAACUAUUAAAAAGAAAUCAUAUUCUCCUAUAUUUAUCCCAGCUGGAAGGAAAUCUAGAAUAUUCUCAACAAUGUUUCCUCUGCUGUCUCUUGAAAAUGCCCUUGAUUUUGUCAUGUGCCUGCUUUAAACUUUAUUCACUUGCUAAUUCUUAUGUGGUUCUUUCUGACCUGUAGGCUCGGAUGACAGGACCAAUGUGGAGAUUGUGAUCUUAAUUGGGACAGGUGUCAUUGCCAUCUUCUUUUGGAUUCUCUUAAUCCUCAUCUUCUGUAACAUCAAGCGAGUAAGUCUCCUGUGAUCCUUCCAACAGAGCCUGAUUUGGUGAACAGCAAACAGAAUCAUGAACAAGAGAUGAUCCCAUAGAUCCUAUAGAACCUCAGGCCUGGGGCCCAAAUGUGGCCUUCAAUGACUCUCUAUCUUGCCCUCUCUGCAGGCCACACCUCUUCACUGGCCAGUCUUCAUGCUUCAAGUGGUUUUGCUUGGCUGGAAAGUGUCCUUGAACUCUGAUGGUGCCUUUUGCUAGCCUUAAUGGACGAGAGAGCGAGCUGUACAAGUUUAUGUAGAAAUCCACCUCCACCCACUACUAGCAUGUGGCCCUUGAAAUGUUGCCCAGAAGGGAAUGUGGCCCUCGGGAUGAAAAAGGUUCCCUGUCCCUGCCAUAGGAUGGCUUUGUCUCCCUCCUCUACAUUCCCACUGCCUUAUGUUUGCAGAUCGCCCCAUUCACCUUAGGUAGAGAAGUAUCUAGUUUUCAGCAGGAUGAGAAAUCACCUUGGUAACCACCGCUGAAUACAGAUUGCAUUGCCACGGGAGGGUGACCAAGGAUAAGCCGUCUUGGAUGCCUUGGCAGAAAAGCGGUAUAUAAAUGUAAAAAAUAAAUUAGGGCUCUCCUUUUUUAAAUAACUGCAGACCCAUAGAAUCAUAGAAUUGUAGAGUUAGUUUCCUUUGUUUCAACGGUCUGGUUAGUUUAGCUGAAGGAUGAACCCUUGUUGUGUACAAUUUCUUGUGAAGGAAAUGAUUUAGAGGGAAUUGGAUAAAAUUGCAAUAUAUCCUGAGCUAAUAGUAACAGUUUUGUUUCAAACAUGGGCCCCUUUCUAUUGGGAUGGGGGACUGAGACAUGGAUGUUGAAAUGUCAGACCAUCUACUUCCCCCUUUUGCUUUGUCAAGCAAAGCCCAAUGUAUAGGUUCAAGACAUGAGGAAAAUUGCACAGUAAUAGGGGCCCGUUGCAAAACAACAGAUUUACCAGCAUCUCUCCCUCCCCGCAGCCUGCUCAUGCAGAUAUCAAGACGGGCUACCUUUCUAUUAUCAUGGACCCAGGUGAAGUUCCCUUGGAUGAGCAAUGUGAAUACCUGCCCUACGAUUCCAGCAAAUGGGAAUUCCCUCGGGAGCGACUUCGACUCAGUAAGGUUCAGCAUGUUGUUUGCUGCUAAGUAAAGAAUAUGUUUAGUUCUUUUUUUCUCUCCUUUCCAGCUUGCCAUUGCAAAUCCAAUUGCCAUUUAUGAAAGUUGGUUUGCACCACAAAAUAACUACAGAAGCCAUUGUCUAUUCAGUCUCAGAACGCAGCACUUUCUAGAACAGCCCAUGCACCCAGCCUCUGUAGGGCUGCCAGAAAUGCAGGCAUUGAUGGAACGAUUAUGAAGUUCUCAUACCUAUGCAGUAUAGCCUCACCUUUCCCAUGCGCUCUGGUCAACAGCAGCAAAAACGACACCUCAUUUUCAGCUAUCUGUUUCCUUCCUCUGCUUUGUUGACUCUGCGUCUGUCUCACUUCCUCCCCUCUCUCUAAAAAUACAGCCACCUGGAGAUGGUGAAAAUGCCAUUCUUUCCUCUUCCUUUUUUCACACCUUUUCUUCUUUUUUGUCCCAGUUUCCUGUUUUGUUUUGAUCCCAUUCAAUGACUGUUACAGCCAUUACAUGAAAUGAGUUCAUCUAACUGCACCCUGGCCAUAUUUUUUUUUAAACGCUGUCUCUCUUCUCCCCCCCCCCCCAAAAAAAACUUUCUUUUUUCAGGUAAAGUCCUGGGCCAUGGAGCCUUUGGGAAAGUGAUGGAAGCCUCUGCAUUUGGAAUUAAUAAGAGUAACAGCUGUGAGACAGUGGCAGUAAAAAUGCUCAAAGGUAGGUGUAAUAAAUGACAUCUAAGUAUUACUUGUCUGUCUAAAAACAUUCACUUGGUUAGUUUUUUCUUUCUGGAAGUCCAUUUCCCUAUGAUUUAAGCAAAUCCCUCAUCAUCUCCCAACCCUAACCCCCAAUAUGUUCUGCCAGCAGGAUCCACUAAGCUGAUCUUCCUCUGUAGAAGUAAUUAGCUAUAGCCUUUUCUGAAUCUUCAGUUUCUUUGCCUUUGACUGUUUGUCAGUCAGUAACUGCUAAACAGUGUCCCAUUCCUGCCAAUACAGCUGGGCAGGGAGUGAGGGGAAGGUGGCCUUUAAACAGAGCUGACCUACAGAGGCUCUAAACGUCAGAUCAACAUCAGAUCCAAUAAAAUGAGGGCAGAGAGGAUUCUCCAUAACCGGUUAAUAUAGAUGACCCAAGUGAUAACUUGGGACCCAUGGAACCAGUUGGUGAGCCAGCUGUUUAUAUUGGUAAAAACCAUUUUGUUAUUGGAUUAUCAGAUGGGUACUCAAUACCAUGGUAAGUUACCACUAGGCAAAUUGUCAUCUCUGUUCUCCCAGUGAGCCAAUGAGUCUCAGAACAAAAUGUUACAGUGCCCAAAGAUUAAUUACAGGAGAGAAAAAGAUCUGCUGAGAUAAUGUAGAUGAUAACAAGGAGGAAACAGAUGUAAGUGACAUACUCUAAUGGAACAACAGUAGAAUAGUUAUCUCAGUAGACAAGAAUAGCGUUGCUCAGAUUCUCCAGGUAGGAACCUUCAUAUAGCAGCUGUUCAGGGAAACCUCUGGGUAUACCUUGCGCUGUUUGUCAGAAUUAACCACGGUGCUGCAGUCAGGCAUUAAGCUGUGGUUCCAUCUGUUACAAUCAGAACCAAAAAGAAUCCAAGCCCCUUGAAAUUAGAGCUUUCCAUAAAUGUUUGUAGUCAUAAUUUCAAAUGGCCAAGAGCAAUUCAGGUAGGGAUUUCUGCAAAGGCCACCCAAUGUUCCUGUUCCAUCUCCAGGGCUUGUGGACAUCCACACUUGGCUUAGGGGACAUGGGGGUGGGGGUGGGAAGUCUGGCUGCAUGAGUAGAACUUAGCACUGCACUGAAUUCCACCCCAUAUUUAUAAUUAUUUUUCUUAAGCUUUCUUAAGUUUCACUUAUAUAAUAGCAGAGCAUGACACAUUUUAAUGUACUGGCACUGCCGUACAGGCCCAGUGAAUGUAUGAUGGUGGCUGCAUUGUAUGGCAUUCUUAAAGUUCAAGCCUAUGCAUGUUUUCUUAGAAGCAAGUCCCAUUGAGUUUAGUGUGAGUACAUUUACUCCCAAUGUACUGAGAUGAAAGAGGCAGAUGUUUGAAUAACAAAGCCUUUGCUGCACUGGUGUCAACAAACAAAAAAGAAUUUACUGUCAAGAGAAGUUGUCCAUGCUAUGUAGUUGCAAAGACUACGCUUUCCUCUCGUCUCUCUUAGAAGAUGGGAUGCUGAAUGAAGAAAUUAAUAUAUUGCUUUGGAUGAAUCAUAUCAAGCUUUGCAAUGUAAGAUUUGCAAACAAUUUCUUAAAGCAAGCUAUAUCUAUCUAUCUAUCUAUCUAUCUAUCUAUCUCAGGAAUGGUUUUGGGUGACAAACAUAGAUAUGAGCUAUCUGGAUGCUAGAAGUGGCAAUUAAGGGAUAAUUGUAACAUUGUUUUCAGAGGGAGCUACUGCAAGUGAACACAAAGCGCUUAUGUCAGAGCUGAAGAUCCUCAUCCAUAUUGGAAACCAUCUGAAUGUGGUUAACCUGCUGGGUGCCUGCACCAAACCUAACGGUAAAUAUUGGUAAAUAUUGCAGCCAAAGCCGGGGAGGAGGGGAUUUACAGUGUGAAUGUGGUUAGAAAGACAUGACACCAGCUUGGGAUAGAAAUAGCCACAACUCUAUUGGCACAGGCAUUGGGCAUGGAUCCUGAAUCAGCUAACCCAACUGCUGACUGAUAUCGCCAUCAGAGUCAGACAAGGUGAAAGGAUAGCCUCCACUGAUGCAAAUCUAACAAGGAAAUCCCACCAGGAUGCCAUUCAGGUUUUUGGACAGAACCCUACCCCCUUUACCAGAUUACCUUGAGUUUUGCCUGAUAUUUGGGGGCCCAAGCUUUUGUCUAAGGAGCCAACCCAAAAGUGACAAUUGCUAUGAGGAAGGCAAAAAACCCCAAACUAACCCGAUACAUCUUCAGGCAAAUUCCUUCCUGCUCAUGAAUAUGACGACUGAGAAAUUCAACAGCAGGGUCCUGUACAUGCGCUGCCCUUUUCCCAUUGGGCAAAGCCACAAAAUACAGAGAGGGUGGGUGGAAUAUCCGUUCCGGACUGUUCUGCUGGAUAGUAAGGCAGUCGACUUUUAUGCCUCGCUGACAUCAGCUAGAUGUGUGGGGUGAUGACCUCCCACCCUUGGUCUCCCUAGUGCUGCCCCAGGCCACAACUGCUGCCACUGUCUUGAUCACCUUGCAUGUAAAAGAAAAAAUGGUACAAGAGCCAUCCCACAUUGUCCCUGUACAGCAGGAUAGGGAACCUCAGGCACAAGGUCAAAUAUGGCCCUGCAGGCCUCUCUGUCUGUCCCUUGAGACACUCCUGACGCCACAUUGCCCCAGCUCUGCUUCUUCCUUGAAUGCUUUUACCAGGCUAUAAUGUAUAUUUGAAUUCUGAUCAUGCUUCUUGCUCACCCUGAUGGGGCGUGUGUCAAUAAAUUAACAUUUGUUGCUCCACCCACCACUCCCUGUGGCCUUCAGAAGCUUGUCUAGAGCGGAACGCAGCUAGAAGAAUGUCUUGCACAGGGUAUAUACCAUGUGGGUAGUAUGGUGUGAAAGACAAGGCAAUCCAAAUUUCUUACACUUAAGCCUGCCUGAAAGAAACACACUUUCUUAUUGACUUCUCUACUGCAGGUCCCCUCAUGGUUAUUGUUGAAUUCUGUAAAUAUGGAAACCUCUCCAAUUAUCUGCGGACCAAACGGGAAGGAUUCAGUCCUUAUAGGGUAUGUGACUGACAUUAUCUUGGCAAUAAUUCUAACUCUGUUUUCAUAGGAUAGUCUGAACAUCAUCAUCAUCAUCACAGUAUUAUUGAAGAAAAAUCACUUUCUUAAGCAUGUUUCAGUCCCUCUGAACACUAUGGCUUGGUGUGUAAAUAAAAAGUGGCAGAAACAAUCUAAAGUAGAGGAGGAGGAGCUGGAAAACUGCUGCUGCUUCCCCUGCCCUUGCCCACAGGUUUUGCCUCCUUUACUGUGUCCCCCAAUUACUUUUUUCCUCGCUAGGCCCACAUUCAGUCUAGGGGCUUGCACUGGAGAAAGGAGAUGAAGGGGGUUGUGGUGUUAAGAGCAACAGGACAAACCAGGAUCCAGCAUCCUUCUUCACCUGCUCUGCUCUUUCUGCUUCACGCUUUCCCCUGCCAGGAGGCCCAUAGGCAGCAUACCUCCAAAUGUCAGUUCCAGGAGAACAACAGUGGUAGAGGACUGCUGCUCACAUGCCCUGUUUUUGCAGUCUUCCCAGGGGCAUCUGGUAGGCUGCUGGAAUAGAUGGACAUUUGUUCAGGGCUCUCCUGAUGUUCACCAUAAUACUUUACAGCUCAGUAACAAAUGAGCCUUCUGACAGCUGGGUCUGCUUCUCCGCUUCUAGUCAGUCGCUCAAAAGUGGAGGUUAGAGCUUCUGGGCUGCUUAACCUGAGCUGAGAUUGAAUCACUGCAGCAUAAGCAUGAAGGCUUUUCCACACUUCCACUUGUGCCAUGCCUAAAAAGUAUGGAUUCAAGCAGUUUCCCCCGGUCCCGCUCCUUUCCAAGGGAAAACCCAGUGUUUAGCGAUAGAUGGGAACAAAUGGCAAUCUGGGGGAAACCCAAAUCGCUGUUUGCUCAGAUUGAGCACUGAAGAGAGGUUUUCCCUGGGGGAAAGCAGGGGGACAAGGGAAGGUGUAGAUAAGCCCAUAGUCUGCCUCAUGGUAAUCCUUGUGAUGGGGUGUGCUUCCUAGGAAAAAUCUCCCCGACUACGCGUCCAAGUUCGUUCUAUCGUGGAAGCUGUGAGAGCAGACAGAAGGAGUCGGUCUGGUACCACUGACAGUGCAAUUCUUAAUAGACUUCUGAUGAACAAGAGCCAGGCAGCACCGCCACCGCCACUCAUACAAGAAGGUAAAGAACUCAUUGAAUCUUCAUGGGCGGAGGGGAGCAAGGAAUUUAGGGAACUUGAAAGAAAGUGUGCAGGAUUUCUUUAAGCACACACGAAGGUUGGGCCAGUGGCAGAGUGGAUAAUGUUCCCUUUUAGAGACCUGGAAGCAGAUGGAAAGGGAGGGAGCCAGACUUUAUGGGUAUUCAUCACAGUUCACAUGCAAGGUGGGAAGAACUCAAGGAACCAAAAAGAAUGCACUGAAGAGGAAGCUGGGGGCAUUGGUCCUUAGUGACCCUAGUCUGUGUAACAAGUGCAGAGGAGUACAGCCUGCACAAAAGCCUACACUGAGUUUAUUGAAAGGUACAAAGGGUAAGAUUCCACUCUGUUCCUUGACCAUAAAAAUGUAGGUUAGAGAAUAUGGAACAAAGUCAUGGAGGGCCCUGGACCUUCCCUUGGAGGCCUGAUGCUCCCUUCAGCCGGCAGUCAGAUGACCAUAUAUCAUGUGCAACUUAAAUGUGUGCCCUGUAUAGAAAUUUUGAGGGCAUUAAAAAACAUUGAAUACUAACAAUAUUUGUAAAAAUUAAAGAGCUUUAUACAGCUUUACAACUGCACAAACAUAAAUAGUAAUUGUUCUAAGCACUGCAUGAGGACAGUAACAAAUUCAAUCACAGUCAUACAAAAUACAUGUGCUUAAUGUUGAUUAGUAAAUAUAGAUCCAAUUCUCAGACCUUUCCUGUUUCUCUGUUAAUCUCCCAAAGCUUUUGUAGGAGCAAAGGAAUCCCUUCUAAAGAGAAUGAUUCCUAGGCUUUCCUAGUACAGUAAACCACUGUUCUUACCCCAUGAAUAUAUAUAACUUUCCGCAAUAAGCCACAGGACUAUCUAAAGAUGAUUAGCCCCUGGUCAAAUGGCAAGUUUAUAAAUCUACAAAGGCCAGCAAUCUGCAAUGUCUUAAUCAGGCAAUACCUCAGCCAAGUAAAAUGAUUUUCCUGGAGGCAGGCAGUUUUCCUAUCUGUCUGGCACUGAAAUACAGUUUUCUUCAUCGGGAAAAUACUAAGCCCUGUCUUUAUUCUCAGCUAUAGGCCUCACAUCUGCUUGAAGUGUCUCUCAUAAUUAAAUUAAUAUAUCUGUAGGUGUCAGUACCACCUUUCCAUUGCAGAAACAAUGUCCCUAGUGCAGAGUCCUCAUCAAUUGUAUAAAGUCAGGCUGUGCUUUCAGCAACACAAAUGGUUAAUGAUAAUUAUUUUUAAUAUCAGGCAUACAGCUACACAGGCUUAAGUUCUGUUAAGCCUUGUACUUAACCAUGCAUAGCUUUGUCUUUGAUUGCCAUCACUGAUCCCAGUUGUCUGGAUUAGACUAGCAAGCAAGUCUAAGAUUUCUCUAGGACACUCUGAAGAAAAUCACUAUAGUCUAGGCAAAAGCUGGUUGACCUGGAGAUUUUUCACUGCCACAAACCUUCAGAAUGUAACUUCCUUUCUUGCACAUUUGUACAGUGGAUGAUUUGUGGCAGAGCCCUCUGACAAUGGAAGAUCUGAUCUGCUACAGUUUCCAGGUGGCACGUGGUAUGGAGUUUUUAGCUUCCAGAAAGGUAAGCACUCCACAUACUUACUCUGACUCACCCACCCCCCCGUUGGUUGGUUGGUUGGUUGGUUGGUUGGUUUUGUUGUUUUUUGUUUUGUUUUUUUUGUCUACAAUCUUAACAGAGGGGAUAUAAUAAGAGAUUUAUAAAACAAUGUGUGGUGUGAAGAAAAUGGGCAGAGAGAAGCCUUUCUCCUUCUCUUGUACUAGAACUUUGAGUCAUCCAGUGAAGUGGACUGACAGUAGAUUCAGGACAAGUAAAAGACGGUACCACUUCACAAACUGCAUAAUUUGUGCUGCCACAAGGUGUGCUGAUGGCCAUGUACACACUUUAUACACAUUCAAGAAGGAGCAGUCUAACCAUGUUUUUAAAGCCAUGGUGGAUGAUAUUAAGUACAUCCAAUUUGAGAGACAGUACCCUGUAUGCUAAUUGUGAUCUUGUUCUCCGAGUGUGUAGUAAAAAAAUGCACCAUCCACAAACAAGGGGAAGGUAGUGGCAUGCUUGGACAGUCACAAGGCAUGCAGAAGUACAAAAAAAUAAUUUGAAAAAAAUCCAUAAAGGGAGGGGGUGGAUCCCAAAACAGUCCAAUGAAGGCUGAGUAUGGUCAGUGGAGACAACAGGAUGCAGACAGAUUUUUGGGGAAGAGGAACAGAAAAUGAAGGAGGGGGUGGAAUGGAGUAUCCUGGAUAAGGGCAUGGCUGACUGGAAAAUUGAUCCACACUGCCAUUGUGUGAUUGUAUAGAGGGCUGUUGCUUUCAAGCCCGGCCUGAUCACAUUGGGUGACUUGUGAGCACUCCCCAAAGGAGCUAUUACUUGUCCUGAACACAGGGAUUACUAGAAUAUCUUCAUAGGAUCAAUGAUCUGCUUUUGACUUACUUUGAGAGAAAAGCCCUGAGACUUCUGUGCUUGUUCAUAGUUUCUGAUAUCCCAUCAGUCAUUUCCACACUAGAAUCUAUAUUCCUGAUGCCGUCUCCCCUUUUUUUCUUUUCCUUUAGUGCAUCCAUAGAGACUUGGCAGCACGCAACAUCUUGCUAUCAGAAAACAAUGUGGUGAAGAUCUGUGACUUUGGUCUGGCUCGGGACAUCUAUAAGGAUCCUGACUAUGUCAGGAAGGGCAGCGUGAGUUGUGGGUCAUGGAUAUGGGGAACUGGAAUCGGCUUUAAAAGUUUAUAGUCAGUGCCUUCAGUAUAUGUUUGCUUAUGACCAGUUCUUACUGAAAUACAGAGAGGAUGUUUAUUGUCUGUUCUUAUAGUUGAUACGAAGAGGAAUGGAGUAGAGAAAUAAAAUGGUUAAGAGGCUUUGUCUAAUGCACUUCCUUGGCACAAAAUAUGCAUUUUGUUCCGUGUAAGAGAAAGACAGUAUAGAGGGUAGCACUUAGCCUUGCCAUCUGUAGUGUAGGGCUACUUGAUUUCACCUGUCAUCUGCAAUAAACAUCAUGCUUCCCUCACCUGAAAGAUGUUCAUAUGUUUUCUGCUUAGCUGUGCAUCCCCAACUGAAUUAAAGCCUAGGUCCCUAUAACUGCUUUUGCUCACAAUUCUUUAUUGCUACACUUUGUAUACAGUAUUUUGAAACGUGUGUGCAAAACAUCAGCUUUCUAUCUGUUGUGGAAGUAUUCAUAACCUCAUUGAGUUAGUGAAUGAAGCCCAAGCAUCUAAGGAUUGCAGCUCCCAUGAUUCCUGACUAUUGGCCUGGGGUUGAUGGCCAGCAACAUCUGGAUGGCCACAGAUUAAUCACCUCUGAUCUAGGUAGAUAAUAUCAGGCUACAGCUUCCUAAUCUGCACCUAAAUAGAUAUUCACUUGAUUUGGUGCCUGUCUGCAUGAGCCACUAUAGGAUGUUCAGAGAUUUUUCUGUGGGUUUUCUUAUUUAGUUGCUAUUAACCUUUUUCUGAGCUGUAAUAGCCAUUCACAUUUAUUUCUCUUCCAUAGGCUCGUCUCCCACUAAAGUGGAUGGCUCCAGAAAGCAUCUUUGACAAAGUCUACACCACCCAGAGUGAUGUCUGGUCAUUUGGAGUCCUCCUAUGGGAGAUCUUCUCACUAGGUGAGCACUGAUGAAUAGUUGAACUCUCCCCUGAGCCACCCAUACUCUUAGAUGCAUGUGACUUUGAAGGUAGGUUGCUGGAAGGGCCCCCUAAAUCUCCUUAUUUUACCUACCUUCCCACUCCAGUUGCAUCUAUUCUGCUAAUUACUUUGGGUUGUCAUUCUUGUGCAAGGAUUUCCACCUAAGGAAUAGGACUCUUUCUCUCCGCAUGAACCCCAACCUCCCCAGAUCUGUUCUGCGGGGGGUCCUCUAACCAUCCAGAGUAAAUUGGGAGGGAGCUUGGGGGGAGGUAGAGACAGGAAAAAGAGAGGAAGUCCCGUUGAUCAGGUAGAUGCAACACGUUGCUACAUGUGACCUGCAGCACACCUUCUUUGGGCAUUACAAAGCCUACUUUUGGAUCUUAACACCCCUGAAUGCAUAUCCCAGAAACCUCCUGUCUCAAAUUUAUCAACUAGGUUUCAAUUCUGUAGAAUUUCUUUACAGAAAGUUAGCCUUUCCUUUUUCUGCAUAAUUUCCAGUUUUAUAAAGGCCUGAACCAAUAUUGACUAGUUCUUGAGCAACAUUUUGAUUCCAGUACUUGUAGCUUUGGCCCUGUCUAAGUAGGCUACUUCAGAUUCCUAAAGUGAGUGUAAAAUAACAGGUGAGACAGAGGAGCACUCACACAAUAUAAGAAAAACAGGGAUAUCUCUGUGAGUUCUCUCACAGUGUAAAAGAACAGAUGGGGCAUUUUUGCAGAUGCAAUUGUGCCUUCUUCUCUUUCAUCUUUCCUUCAUGCCCCUGCCUGACAAUCUGUGGAUUAUCUUCUUCAGGUGCCUCCCCAUACCCUGGAGUCCAGAUCAAUGAAGAAUUUUGCCAGAGACUGAAAGAUGGCACCAGGAUGAGAGCUCCAGAAUAUGCCACUGCAGAAAUGUGAGUCAGAGCACUUGAAAACAUGGCCAGCAGCAAAAAAAAAUAAAAUACUGUAGUCCACAGAAUAUAGAUCCAUAGAGGUUCCCAAGAUCUGAAGCAUAUUUUCUUCCUCUGCUUUGGCUAGUGUGCUAAAGGCUCAACAUGAUAUAGCCAUUUAAACUCUUCCAUUUGCUUCUGUAGUAACACUGCUGGUGCUCAACUCCAGCAUUUACCUUAAGGAGAGGCUUUCCCUUUGCAGCAGUUUCCAAAUUCUAGCUUUGUAUUUGAUUGACAGUUAUAGGAUGAAGAGAUUGAUCAGCUUCAUGCAAAGGCUUGUUCUGUUUUUCUCUGCAGUUACCGUAUAAUGCUAAGCUGUUGGUAUGGUGAUCCCAAGGAAAGACCAACAUUCUCGGACUUGGUGGAGAUCCUGGGGAACCUUCUUCAGGAGAAUGUCCAGCAUGUAAGUUCUCAUUUGUAAUCAUAGCUCAGAAACCAGCUGCAAAAGCCAGCUAGGUGCAAGGAGUUAUUUCUUUGGUGAGCUGCUGAGUAAACAUUUAGAUACAGUGGAGAUGGGGAGCCUCUUUGUCUGGCAGCCCAACUUUGACAGCUGAAUGUGAUUAAGAUUAGAAGACUAGCGUCAAAUCUCUUUCCUUCUCUUUCUCUCUCUUCAGAGAGGUUUUUCAACACACGUGCUGCCCUCUUUUACCUUAGUGUCUUUCUAAUAGUGCUUGGGGGAAAGCUUAAAACCAGAAAUUGUUUCAGAAAUAUACAUCCUUACUUAUCUUGUAACCCUUGCCUGUCUUGUAUCCCAGGACAUUUGGUACAAUCGGACUGUGGAGUUGAUGCCACCAGCAAAUUGUUAAACGGGUUGGAUGACAGAAGUGGGUGUCCUUACCUUUUAUUUGCAAGUCAGGAGAUGGGGAGAUGAAAGCAUUGUUUCACUUUCCGAUAUAAAACAGUUUGAUCUAUUUGCUUUUCUUAUGAAAUUCAUCUACCCAUUAUUCCUCAGAAGUAUGUGUCUGCACAGGCGUUAACGGCUAUCCUCUUUUUUCCUGGAGGAGAAAAUGGGAGCAGGGGGAGAACUACCGUUUCUUCACUCUCAUUGUUGCUGCUUCUGGCAAAUUCUUCAAUUUUCCUGGCACAUAACUACUUAUUUAAAUUCCCAUUAGGAAGGGAAGGAUUAUAUCCCACUUAAUGACUCUCAGAGUUCUGAAGAUGAUGGCUUCUCCCAGGUAGCUUCCUCCAUCCAGCAGAAUUCUGAUGAAGAGGAAUUUGACUUGAGGAUGCACUGUCACAAUAUAGCAGCAAGGUAAGUCCCUGCUGAAUCCUGGAAGAGUCAAGCUGAGAGCUGGCCAAACUAAGAACAAAGCCUUUUAGAAAGGCAGUAUUAUCUCCCAUCAAACAUUUUUAUAUCAUUAGGCUACGAACAAUAUUUUCAGCCAUAACUACUUCUCAUGGAUGUUACGCAUUUGACCUGGACCCCUGCCCUCCCCAAAAUACAGUUUAUCUGUUGCUUGCUAAUAAAACAGCUAGAUUUGCUCUAUACAUGUCCAGAUAAUAUACAUGUGGGACAAUAAAUACUUUUUGCUAGACUGGAAAAGGUGGGUACCCCAAGCACUAAAAAAUGGAAGGCCAUUGAUGCACAAUAUUUGUCUUCAUCUUGGAGAUGCAAAGUGACAGUAGCUAUGGGGGUGGCAUAGGAAGAGAGACAUGUCAUUUCCACCCAAAGCAUCAACAUCCCCAGUGACAGCUGGUGAAUCCUGCUUCAUGUUGCUACAUUUAAAUCACUGCUGUACUUACCAAGGUUAUUCUAAGGGCUAAACCAGGCACUCUAUGCAAUAUAUGUGUAGCAGUGGAAGAAUGGCAGGGGGAGGGGGAUUCUUAAAAUUUCCCUGCCAUCCAUAUUCCUGUUCAAAACCAGUCCUCAACCUGCUUUUCAUCCUUGAGGACUGGGAAAAGUGGCUUCUCCCAGGCUACUUUUCCUUUCCUGAAGCUACAGAAAUAUGUGUGCAAUGUCUACUUAGGCCUUAAACAUACUUUCUGAGGAGCAAGGGGAAAGGGUAAUAACACAUUCAGACUGUGCUACUUUUUUUCUGCAGAAUUUUAUGUCUUAACUGACCCAGUAUUGCUGACCAGAAGAGCACAAAGUGAAGAUUUCCUUAUUUAAUGUGCAUGUUCCACCAGUAUCUUUUCUGAUUCACCCUUUACUUUAUGUCCUUUCCCAGAUAUUAUAACUGUGUGUCUUUCCCUGGCUGUUUAACUGGUGGGAAUCAGAUAAGGUGUCCAUCCAGAAUAAAGACUUUUGAAGAAUUUCCUAUGACACAAACCAUGUAUAAAGCACAUCCGGUGAGUGGAGCAAAGUGGUAGAGACAGAAGGAAAAAUUGAAAAAUAAACAGUUCAAUGUAUAUUUGUCCAUUACUGCGGUCUAAAGACCAGUUAAACAGUGUUUUCUGCCACACUUCAAUAUUCACACAAAUUGCUAACACCAUGAUUUACAGUUGGCAUGAAAGCUAGAUGUGUAUUGAGGAAACUCUUCUAAAAAUAGAAUAUAGGGACUACCCAUCCUCAUUAUAUUUAGGCAACUACAUCCCAGAUAAAGGUAUUUACUGUAUUAAUGGUGGUGGGGUGUGUUAAUUCAAAUCUGCUAUUAUUUUUGUGAUUGGACAACAUUUGGGUUGGUAAGUCUACUUCUGAUGAAGAAGCACAUACACUGCUUUCAGAUAACCAAAGAAUUUAAAUUUUACCUUCUGAAAAUCUCAGGUAAUGCAACAUAACAAGAACAAAACAACAACAACUAAUACAGUGGUACCUCGGGUUAAGUACUUAAUUCGUUCUGGAGGUCCGUACUUAACCUGAAACUGUUCUUAACCUGAAGCACCACUUUAGUUAAUGGGGCCUCCUGCUGCCACCGCGCCACCAGAGCACGAUUUCUGUUCUCAUCCUGAAGCAAAGUUCUUAACCUGAAGCACUAUUUCUGGGUUAGUGGAGUCUGUAACCUGAAGCAUAUGUAACCCAAGGUACCACUGUAAUAACUAAUAAUAAUAAAUACUAAUAUAUAAUAUAACUACAAGUACUUGGCAAUCAUUUUUAAUGAUUUCUAUGCAAUUUUACUUAUGAAGCAAAACUUAAUUAUAUUAAUUUAACCAAAAGAUCUUUUGAAUUCCGAAGUUGUGUUACAAUUUUUUAGCACCCUUCAUUUUUGAAAGUUGAAAAAUUCAACAUGCUCUAUAACAUGCUUAUAAAAAUUGGUACAGGCUUCUAAGUUUUACAGGCAUAUUUACAAGGCUGAGUUAAGCUCCACUCUUCUUGCUCAUCAUCUGCAGCUGUUCCCUGCCCUACAUUUGCUUUUCAGUCUCCAUCCAGCAGAGGAAAGGUUCCUGGUGAAAAAAAUUCAGAAUGCUUGCUCAACAAGGCUGGCACUUCUAACACUUUUUAUUUUUUUCUGCUCCGUUGCAGGACAAUCAGACAGACAGUGGGAUGGUUUUGGCAUCUGAGGAGUUUGAGAGGAUAGAAAAUAGACACAGAAAAGAAAGUGCAUUCAGGUACUUGGUUAUUUAGUUCUCCUCGCUAUAUCUCACAGCCCUCACUAACAUACAAUACCCAGCGGUGUCCUCUGCAGCAAACCUCACUGCAGCCUCCUGUAAAUGUGCUGGGAGCACAGAAAUGCAAGCGCAUCCAUUCUCCUGUAACCUGCUGCUGGCGGCAGCAUUCCUGAUGGCAUUUGUAACAAAAAGGGUUGAUUGAGCUUAAUGGCUUUUGAGUGGAGUCAGUUGACUCUGUGCAAGGAAAUAAAGAGAGGAAGCAUAUUACACGGGCAUGAAAUACAGCAAGAAAUCAAGGAGCUUUCCAGACAAUCAAGCAGCAAAGGUACAGUUCUUUCAAGGAAACACUUUUCUUGUGGAAAUGUCACAUAUUCCCAAUGCUCAAACUGCAAUAUAAUGCCAUUGGGAAAAUGUGAUUCUUUCCCCAGCUAGUGUGAAAUGUUUCUGUAGUUGUUAUGCAUUUGACAGUGGAUAUGACAUCAAAUGGCAACUCAAACCAUCAAGGAACUAUUUUAAGGCUACUUUUAGAACAUAUAGAACAAAACUAGGCUAGGUUCCAUUGAUUUCAGGGAGAGAAUUAAUCUGUUUCUCCCAUUGAAAUAAUUGAGACUUAGGCUGCUGCCAGAUGGGGAGCUCCUAAGCUACAAGGGGAAGUCCAAUUGACUUGCCAUACUAUCAGGAGUAUUGCACUUGUUCUGUGUAUACAUCCUGUUAUGUUUCAUUAACCAUAAAAUUGACUGAAAUAAACAAAAAAUAGGGACAAACAUGAUAUUCACUGUAAUAAUUAUAAUGAAUAUGUGCUGAGUUGCAAUAGGUUCACUUUUCUGAUAUGUCACUGCCCAUGUCAAUACUCUACCCUUUUUAAAAAGAUGUAAGAGCAGCACUAAAGGCAUCUGUACCUGUGGAAAUAGAACCACUACUGAGAAAAGUCAGACUUUCUGAAGUCUGACAAAGGAGGGAAGAAUCACAGGGAAAAUACAAGAUUUAUUAAAGCUCAAAGCGUAACUCAGCUGAUAUUCAAAACCAUUGGUGAUACUUAACUGGCCUAUAUGGUUCCUGGCUUUGUUCAAAUCCUCCCAUAGAAAUGGUGGAUAAGAACAAUGAAAUCCUUGGUGGUGAGCAUGAGGUACAUCGCUGGUAGGUCUAAAAGCAAUAAGAAAAUCAGUAUACAUAGAUACAUAUUUUUUGGGGAUUUUUAAAGGAAACUCCCUGCUUUGAAGAAGUGAUAUUACAGUGCAAUCCUAUAAACUCUAUGGGGCUUACUCUCUAGUAAAUCUGUUUAGGGAUAAUCUGCCAGUAGCUGAAUCCAGUUUUCCUAUAUGAAAUCAAGUUCCUGACAGCAAUAAGGUUUACAAAAAAACUACAUUCUUGCAUCUCAUUUCUGGUGCACCACCUUCACUUUCUCAUUAGAAAGAUGCUCUCUGCAUUUAUUUAUUUAUUUAUUUAUUUAUUUAUUUAUUUAUUUAUUUAUUCAGUCAGUCAUACAUACAUACUGCCCUAUACCCGGAGGUCUGAGGGCAGUUCACAGAAGUCCUCUGUCAUGUAACUUCAUACAUCUUGUAGAAUUACCAACCUGCUAAAUGGCUAGCUGUGCUUGCCCUGAGCUUUCUGAUGCUAAGAAGCUUUUUUUCCCCCUGGACAGUCAAUUAGAAUACUAUCUCUUACUCAGAAGAACUGACUUCCUGUCUCUUGCUCUUUCUUUCUUCCCCCACCCCCAACAGCAGUAAAGGAUCCAGUCGAAAUGCAGAAUCAAUAGUGGAUCAAUCAGACCUGAGGGGUAGGUGUCGGCCAUCGUACCAGUCCCAGCUCAGAGGCCAGACUUUUUACAACAGUGAAUAUGGGGAACUGUCAGAACAGUCGGAGGAAGGCAGCUGCACUCCACCCACUGAGGGAGCCAGUCCCUCCCUCCUCCAUGCUUCAUUCUUUUCAGACCAAUACUGAAGGGAAGAACAGAUUGUGGAGACACUCUGCUGAGAGACUACACUUCGCCCCUUAUGCAGCACUACAUUUGUUCAGUGGAGCCCACUUUCCCUUCAUCCUUGAGGAAUCCACAGUAGGGAACCCCUGUGGAACAGAUGGCGAACUCCUUGGAUGUGAAGAUAGAUGCCAAGCAUUUUGAUGCGGGAUAUAGUCCUUGCAUUUGGCACUAGCACACUUCCUUGAUCUGAUUCUGUAUUUGCCCCCCACCGCCCUGCCACCCUCAAUUAGAUAUUGGAUGCAGUUCCCUGGGUGAAACAGGACUGUUCUGCCACCAGAUGGAUGUGUGUAGAGAGCUGCAGCCUCUGCUCAGUAUUCAGCCUCCAUUCAAAUACUUUGCCGUAAUAAGCUUCAUUUCAGGUCAGAUAAAAAUAGAUGUGUCUUAGCUGAGUUUCUUCCUGAUAUGCAGCCUUGUUUGUUUCUGCUCUUGUUUCAACUCAGCUAUCAUGGGAGGGGGAAGAAGCAAAUGAAUGAAUUUGGGCAUUGGAGGAGUAGCAGUAUUUCCAGACUUGGAGAGUCCUGCUUCGCUAGAUAUAGACAUUCCCUAUAGACACAUCAGUACAGAACUAUAUAUUACAUACUUAAUUCUUGUAUGGUGUUACAUAUUUCAUUUAUGUUAGACACUAAACCUAUUAUAGAUUCUAUUCCAUCACCAUUCCCAUGUCUGUGGUGGCAUUAUUGGCUGCUCCAGUACAAGCGGACCACUAUAUCUCUGCACAGUGGGGGAUUUGGUGUUAACUAGUUCAAGGUGGAAAUUAAUUUCCUUCACUCUCUACUGACAUAUACAGACUUGGAACCCAUUUAUGUGUCCAGUCAUCUCCUACCCCACCCCUGAAUCCACGGCCAACUAUAAAAUGUUCUUUAUUGGCAGCCAUCAUUUUCAAAAAUUUAGUGUCCCUUAUGAUCCCACGGCAAAGUAUAGAACUUUGUCUUUGUGGAACUGAAUGCAACCUUAUAAUAAUAGAGAAUCUAAUGAAAUCCUUAACUGGUAUUUUUAGCUCUGUCCCUCUACUUAUUCUCCUCUAGCUCCCAAUUCCUACAUCCUUACUUCCCAAGAUAUCAUAUGUUAGAAUAAAUAGUACAAAGUAAAUUUCUGCAAAUGUAUCUAAUUUGCAUUAUUUAUAAUGGGAGGAAUACAAUGCAGGUCAUUUUGUUAGUGCAAGCUGUUCUGCUUGCCUAAUUAAACAAUCUACCCUAUCCUCUUGCUGUCCACGGUUCCAGGGGUUCUCCUGACACCUCAUCCCUGAGCCAGUGGGGGAGGAUAUGGGGCACUGAAGGGAAGAAAGCCCCAUUGCGCUAGCAGAAGUCCUUGUGUGGGCUUCCACUGGUGGAACUGGUUAGCUGAGCCCAGCCCUGAGUCUGGAAUUUGAGGAUAAUUAUUAAAACAUAUACACACAUUUGCAUUCUUCCCUGACACAGUCCUUAGCAUAGUUUUCCAUCUUCUAAUUGUAAACCAUUGCAUCAAUGAGGUUUUGUUUUUUACAUAAAUGAGGAAUAAGUAUAGAGUCAAUCUGAACUUGUUUGUGUAGUUGUUCCCUUGCAUAGCCUACGAGCCUUUCCCUCCCAGCUCUAAUUCUGAAGGACGCUGCCAUAGGAAAAUGUCUGUGAAAGCCUUAUGAAAUGGCUUUUGACCAGCUUGUGAAUUUCACUUUGUAAUUCUGUACAGUGUCAGAGGCUCUCACUCUCAAUUGUGUCUCCAUGUGAAAGAAUUUCUGCUUGCAGGCCAGGCUUCUGUUUAUAGAACUGAUAGUUUUGGUUUAGCUUAUUUUAUUUUUUUCAUAUUGGGCAUAUGUUUCCCCCCCCCUCCAGAUUAUAUAUAUUCCUCCAUAAGAGGGCUUUAUGCAUUUACACAUUUGUAAUUAUCAUUGUUCAUGCCUUUUCUACAUUCAUUUGUAUCUUUAUGAAUGCACUCAAAGUCUUGUCCCUUUUUUAUUACAUUUCCUAUCUACAUAAGUAUACAGUUGUGGUUUAGUUAUUAUCAGGUGUGGAAGGGAUGAAAGUUCUCUUGCCUCUGUGUGUGUAUUACAUAUUCUGUAGAAAGGGGGAGGGGGACUCAAAGAGGUAUAUAAAUGGUGUACAAAUAGAAAACACAAUUCUACACGGAAGAUUUCCUUCCUUCUUUCUGUUAGCAGAAUCCCAUUGACCUGAACAGCUGAGAACUUCACAAACUGGACCCAUUUCAGAUGUACUUUUCGUGCACUGAAUCACUACCCAGAUGCAGAUGAAGUCCCCCUGCCCUGAGCAACGUAGAUACACACACAAAGCUGUAAAUCUAAUCUAAUCAAGUGUUCCAGAUUACAGGAAAGUUGAAAGAUCAUGUUGCAGCUGGCUUAGGACCAAAGAACCUGUUCAUUGAGCAUUCAUUCUCAUUUCUUUGCAGGAAGGUUAGAUGACCUUGCAUCAAAGCAAGUGUUAUCCCACACUUCCUGGCACUUCCCUUACUGCAAAAAAGAUGUGGGGGUGGGGUGGGAGAGCAGGUUGUUGCACAAUACUUCAAAAUCAGCUGUAAUUCUGCAACCUGAAUUUUCCAGUAUGUGAUUUAAUUCUACUCAAAAACAGUGAGAGUCUGGAAGUGCCCUUAGUCUUAAUACCUAGUUAAAAAAAGAUAAGGGACAGUGUGGAACCAUAACAAGUUUAGUGUUCUAUGAGCAUCAAUAUGUGACUUGCUCAUCCUGUAGUAUUGUUAUAGGCAUUGGUUGAUCUUUAAUGAGGGAUAAACUCUCGAUUAAGUCAUUUUGGGGUGCAGCUACACAGCAUCCAGGAAUUGGAGCGUUUUGAAAUGUGACAUUGUUCCUGCAGUGUUUACAUAAGAAAAACGCUGCUGGGUGAUGCCAAAGGCCCAUCUAGUCCAGCAUCCUCCUCUCACAGUGGCCAAUCAUAGAGUGUAUCUGGAGGGGUGUGUGCAUCCACCUCUCACAGGAUUAAAAUGUCACAAGGAAAGCAGCCCUCGGUGUAAAUGUGUGAAGAAGCCACAUUCUAGAUUCCACUUCCAGUUUUAUUCUCUUGCAAUACUAAACUAGCAGUAGUACUUCCGUUUCAUUAAAAUAACUUAUUUUAAAAACUAUCAUCUUUUUUCUCUUUUCUAUUUGGUCAUAUUCCUGUUUGCCCAGAGGUGUAAUUAGGGGUUUGCGAAAUCAGGGGCCCAGGUCAGGGGCAGGGGCCAAAAACCAGCUACCAAGCUAUGGAGUGUAUGACGUAUAUAUAUAUAUGGCAACACGAAACUGCUAUUGCGGCAAGCUCAAAUGCAGGAGAAGCUUCCUGUUUUUCUCACACCGCAACAGAAAGGCAUGCAUUUUUUUCACCCUUCUGCUUCACCUCACUCUCACUCCAGAUGCUUUGGGUACUUGGUUGUGUAAAAUGUAGGAAUUUCUAAUAUGGUAUUGUGGUAAAGUGAUGGGGGGGGGUACCAAUACAGCUUCCUUGCCAAGGGUUCAAGGGACCCUUGAUACGCCUCUGUGUUUAUCUGCUGAAUUUUACAUGGCUUCAAUUGCUUAAAUAAAGCAUUUAAAGAAAUGUUUACCAAUAUAGUAGCAAACUCUGUAAAGCGUUAAGCAAACUGCAAUGGUAGAAGGCCAUAUCAAUUCUACAGAUGAAGGUAUUAUCCCAUUAAUGCACCAAUAAUUGUAAACUGGGGGGUUUUUUAAUAGAAAAAAAUGAAAACCAAUUAUAGAUAUCUCAGUGAGUAUGGAGGGGCAAUUUGCUCAUGCUAGGUCAAAUAAUUAAGCGCCUCAGGACAUGGUCAGUUCUUCCCUGUUAUGAGAUAGCAGUUUCUUUACGAUUUCUUCAAGCUCACUGUAAAGAGUAGGCCAUAUAAACAGAUUAUCCCCAGAGAGGAAUUCCCAAAUAAUUACACAAUUUUGGGGAAGCAACUAUUUGGAGCUCCUUGCUAUCCUUGUUAUUUUAUCUUGUUCUGAGUACUUUCGCUACUACUUGCCUAUUACUUUUAAUAUGUUACUUCUCCUGAUGUUAUUUGAUGGGUAAAGUGAUUAAUGCACCCCAAUUCACCAUGGCCUUUUAAUGGUACUGUUGUCUUCCUAAAUUUGUAAUUCAAAACAUCCACACAGUGUGCAGAUUUUAUAUCUCCAAAGAAAAAACUCUUGUUUCUCAGUUUCUCUGUUCAGGGCACCAGCUGCAUAAGCACAAUUACUGCAAAACUGGAAAUAUAAAUGGAUAACAGAAAGAAUGGUGGUGGGGCAGUAUUAUAGGACAUAAAAGCAAAUACAGACUUGCAAAAUAAAGCAUUCAACUUUUCUUUGUCCACU